AUGCCUGACGGUGCCAGUGGCCGAGACGUCCCGAGUCCUGCUUCGCUUCCAAUGGCGGGACGAGAUUUGGCGUUUUACCUGUCUCCCCUUUGGCCUAGAAUCAGCACCAUGGUGCUUCACGAAGCUGCUGCGCCCAGCUAUGGCCUGGCUGCGCAGUCGGGGCAUCCGACUAAUAGUUUACCUGGACAACAUCCUGCUCAUGGCCCAGGAUCACUCCAUCCUCCUUACGCAUCUUCGGCAGACCAUAGAUCUUUCCCACCUGGGGUUCCUUAUCAACUGGGAGAAGUCCUGCCUGACCCCAGCCACUCGCAUGGAGUUCCUGGGUUUCCUCAUGGACUCGACAGAGGUGACGCUGAGCCUUCCGACAAACAAGAUUCGGUCUAUCCGCAAGGAACUCAGUAGGGCCCUCACCCGUCCGCAACUCACCUUGUGCCAGUUGGCUCGGCUUAUCGGCCUGCUAACAUCGUCCAUCCAAGCAGCGUUCCUGGGCCCGUUCCACUACCGCGCUCUUCAGCGCCUGAAAUUAACCAACCUGAGAGACCUGGUAUUACUGGACAGCAAGACAAGGGACGAGCUGCGGUGGUGGAUCCUCAGCCUAUCUGGUUGGAACCGAAGGGGCGAUUUUCGGCUCGCUGCCGGAAUUCACCAUCGACUCCGACGCAAGCCUCCAUGGUUGGGGGACCCACUGCGAGAGGGUGUCAGUUGGGGGUCGGUGGUCAGACUCAGAGUCCCGACUCCACAUCAACGCGUUGGAACUCUUGGCAGGCUCGUUCACGAUCCGCAGCUUUGCGAGGGACCGAGCGCGGAUUUGCAUUCGGCUCCGCAUGGACAACGUGUCUGCAGUAAGAUAUGUCAACCACAUGGGUGGAACACAGUCGGCGAUCCUGGCAGGCCUGGCGAAGGACUUCUGGGAAUUUUGCCUGGAACGGAACCUGGUGGUCCAGGCGGAGUAUCUACCUGGUCUGCACAACGUCCAGGCGGAUUGAAGUUCACGGUAUCUCUCGGAUCCCAGCGACUGCAAAUUGGACACAGGCGUAUUCUCCACUGUGUCAUCUCUUUGGGGGCCUUUUGCUAUAGACCUAUUCGCAUCAAGGCUCAAUGCCCAACUUCCCCGGUUCUUCUGCUGCAGACCGUUCGGCGAAGGCAGUGGACGCCUUCCUGCAAGACUGGCGCGGAGACCUCCUGUAAGCCUUCCCCCCAUUCUCCAUGAUACCUCGCACACUCCUACACUCUCGCAGACAUCUGGCCGAGGUAGUCCUGGUAACACCAUUCUGGGAGACGCAGUCUUGGUUCCCUCAACUUAUCGAGAUGACAGUGAACUACCCCAGGCUAUUGCCAUCCUUCCAGAAACUUCUGCGGGAUCUGACGGGAUGCUGUCACCCCCUCCUGUCGGAGGGCUCCCUUCCCGUCCUAACCUGGCGGAUUUCAGGGGACCCUGGGAGAUUCACAGAGUUUUGGAGACUACUAGACACCUGUUGGCAGGCGCAUAUGCACCCGGCACUAGACGGCAUAUGGGUCAGCUUGGCGAGCUUGGGCUGGUUGGUGCCUGGCUAGGGACGUGGAUCCCGUUUCAGCACCUGUGACCAUGAUUCUCCAAUUCCUGUCUUCCCUCUUCGAGGCAGAUAAGGCCUAUCGGACCAUCAACCUCUACCGAUCGGCCAUCUCUUCGACACACCAGGGUGUGCCUGCGGGCCAACACCCCCUGGUCUGUAGACUCCUCAGGGGCUCUCGCCUCUCCCAACCUCCUAUGCCUUGCUACUCUGCUACCUGGGACGUUUCAACUGUAUUGUUGCUGCUCAUGGCCUGUCUCAAUAACGCUUCUCUCUCCUUACGGCAGUUAUCGGCCAAAUUGGUUUGCCUGUUCUGCCUCAUCUCCUGCAAGAGGGUCUUGGACGUCCGAGCCUUGGACUUUGAUGCCAGAUCCUACACCCCAGAGGGAGUGACAUUCAACAUCAGUAGGCGUACUAAGACGUCUAUUAAGUCGGUGUCCUAUCCGAGUUUCCUGACUAAUCCGGAGUUGUGUCUGGUGACUUGCUUACGCGAAUAUGAGAAUCGAACCAAGCUAGUCCUCUCCUCAACUGUUUCUAUCUUUACGUCCUCCUUUUGCCCUCGUCACCAGCACCACGCUGUCAAGCUGGGUGAAGUGGCUACUGGCUCAAGCCGGUGUCAAUACUACGCUCUUUGGCAUGCACUCGGUUAGGGGGGCUUUGGCCUCCUCAAUUAUGGCUUCAGGAGCACGCCUGGAGGAUCUGGUGAAGAUGGCAGACUGGUCGAGGGAAUCUACUUUUCGGGAAUUUUAUUUUCGGCUGACUGUUCGCUGCGGUAGUAAGUCAGCUUGCAAUAUGAGCCUCCGUGUCUUGUGAUAAAAUUACAUGAUUUUGCUAUUACAUGACAAAAAGUCAUGAUUUUAUUAAAGACACGGAGGCAAGUAUUGUCCCACCCGCAUUGUAAUUCUCACUUUAUGCUCUCUUGUUUUUCCCACCCUGUUUGUCAUUGAUGUAUUGAGACAUGUGCGAACUCGUGGGUAUGGUAAUUGGGGCCUAUAUUACAGGGUAGGCUUUGUUUAGUGGCUGAGGGUUUAGGUUUUCUAUGUUAUUUUGGGGAUGUAUGUGGGGCUCUGCUUUGACUGGCCCUGAUGUUGGUCUCAAGUACUGGUUUAACCCUUGGGCUCCUGUUCUUUGUGUUUUCACAGCCUGAAUUGGAUCGAUGGCAUGUCAAGUCUUCUGCAUGUAAGUUUUCCUGGGGAUGGAGUUUGUUUUGUCGUCAUCCAGAUUUGAUUUUUCGGCUAUUGGAGUGAUGAUCCUUUGGUUUGAUCCGGAGUUGUCCUGUUGUUCAUGUUCUGGACUGUUUUAAGUGUCGCAUCUCCAGAAAGAGGAUUUUGGGAAGGGGAUGCUGUAUGUUAUAUAGGGACUUGAUCUGGGAGGGGUUUAUGUUACUGAAUAUUCAUUAUUUUUUCAUUCUGUUUGUAUCCUUUGCUGCUGUUGGUCGACAGUAAAGAAAGGGAUAUGCAAUACUCGCCUCCGUGUCUUUAAUAAAAUCAUGACUUUUCGUCAUGUAAUAGCAAAAUCAUGUAAUUACUUAGUAUAGCAGUCAAGUUGACAAAAUGUGACCAUGGGUUAAAGGCAAGCUUCCAUUUCAGAAGCCAGUAACAUAUAUCCAUAAUCCAUCUGUAAAAUCAAUCCUACAGAAGGGCAAACUGACAUCAUGGGCAUAGUUGAUGAAAAUGACUGUGCCCAGGAAUUAAGAUCCGGUAUAAUAUUGAAAACAAAAAACUAAUAAAUAAAAGCAAGUGACAAAGGAGGGAGUAUAACGAUUAAGAUACCAGGCACACAGAGAAAGAAAAGCCAAAAGCAAAUCAGAUGGGUGCUUUAAUGCCAAAUAAACUGGAAGCAUUGCUUCUGGCGGGAAAACCCAUCAGCCCAUCUACAUGCCCCCUUGAGCACAAUGAAACAAUUGAAGCUGAAAUUCACAUCCUGAUAAUUCUCCCUUUAGUAAAUAACUCUGAUGUUAACCCCUCUCUAAUCUAUAAGUCCCCUUUACUCUAACCACUUCUAAUAUCUUUAAUGCUGCAUGCAUUUACACAUACAUUAAUCAUUACAAACAGAACUAUAUAAAUAUGUGCACAUACAUACAUACUUAUGCAGUUGUGAUAUAUGACUUUUAGGCUUUGUGUCCACUUAAAUUAACUCUCUUAUUUGUGUGUGGGGCGGAGGUGGGAGCAAGGGGCGCUUGCCCACCGCAUCCGUUUUGUAAACCCAGCCCUGAUUAGGGUUUCCUAUUGGCCAUAUACAUUUAAAAUGACGUUGCACAAUGACAAACCAUUAAUCUGUUAAAUGAUCAUAUUCUAUAAACUGUAUUACUGUAGGCGUUCAUAUAAUAUAUGUUUUGUAUAUGUCAGGAUAAUGAACUAUUAUUUGUACAGUGGUGUUUUCCUCUUUCCCUAUUAGCGCAUUCUCUGUUCUUUAUUGCAGCCUGGAGAUGAUAUUGUUUUGAUGGCGCAAGAACUGGAAAAAAUAUUUAUGCAAAAGCUUGCCGAAAUGCCAGAUGAAGAUACAGAAUUAUCUGUAGCCAGAAACCGUGGUAGUAAAACAAAAAAUUCACCUGCAGGAGGUAAAACCGGUAAGGGGCUAAAGCAGGGGUAGUCAACCUUUUAAUACCUCCCGCCCACUUUUGUAUCUAUGUUGAUGGUAAAAUGUCCUUACUGCCCACCAGUGCCACACAUAACUAAUUUUAUGUGUGAUUUUUUUUUUUUCUAGAUAGGAGAGGUUUUUAACAAAAAAUAAAAAAUGUACUUAAAUGUAUCUAUUUCUUUUUCCUUUUUUUCUGUUUUCUAUUCUACUUUUUCCGUGUGUGUGAGUUGCGGGCAGUGUGUGAGUGUGAAGGGUGCUGUGUGUCUGUGAGGGGGGACAGUGUGUGUUGAGGUGCAGAGUGUGUGUGUUAGAGUUGCUGUGUGUGUGUGUAGGGUGCAGUCUGAGUGAGGGGUGCAGUGUGUUUGAGGGAGCAGUGUGUGUGUGAGGGGUGUAGUGUGUGUGAUUGAGCUGUGUGUGUGUGUGUGUGUGUGUGUGAGGGGUGUAAUAUAUGUGAAGGGUGCAUAGGGUCUAUGCUGUGUGUAGGUGGGUGAGAUGUGAAAAUCUAUCUUAAUAUCACCCCCUGCCUUCUUCUUACCUUUUAGCAGGAAGGGGGGACAUAAUGCUGCAAGCCCUGGUUGUCCAGUGGUUGCAUGUUCACUUUGCCUGCAGUUCCUCCGGCUGUGAGCUAACUCUCCUGUCCUCCUGCGAGCACAGCACUGUAUCAGAGAGUUGCCUUGAUAAUACGUGGCGAUGCUCUGACCAGCCUGCUCGCAGGAUUAACACAGAGCCUCCCAGGCCCUUCCCUCCCUCUGCCAGCGGGCUGGUGAGGAAGAUCUUUGAUCUCCUCACCAGCUCAAAAGAGUUACAGAAAGGCUGGCUCUGCAUGGGCCUGCAGGGGGAUCUCCCCUGCCGGCAUUGGUCCACGGCCAUCGAGGCCCGCCGGGCGUUUUAUGCAGAAUCCACCACCGCCCACCUGAAAUCCCAAACCGCCCACUAGUGGGCAGUAGGGACCAGGUUGACAAUCCAUGGGCUAAAGUAAAUGAUAGGAUUUACAGUAGUUAAUUUGUUUAAUUCGUUAUUGUUUUUUCAUCUGUGUGUAUGUAAUGUAAAAGGAAACAUUUCCUUUUUACUUUGGUUUAUUUAAUGACAUAAACGUUAAAUUCCUCUACUUUUUUUUUGGGAAGUGGCAUAAUUUUGAAGCUUUUGGAAGACCACUCCAAAUCAUUUUGUAACAAAAUGAAGUAUGCAAUCCAAAUCUAAGCUGUUAUAUGCAGGGAUAAUUAGUGUAGGAAAAAAAAAAAAAAAGAUAAUGUUCAAACGUAUAAUCCUUUAGCAUUGUAGGCCUUCUCUUUGUGAGUGACUGUGUUAUCUGUGCAGAUGUGCUGGCAUUGUUUGCAGCAGAAUAGUUUUGUUUUGUUUUUUUUCAUCCAUUUUCCUUUUUUAUUCAAUCAGUGGGUUACUUUCUGUUAAUGGAUAUUGUUACCAAUUUUGGUUUUGUCUGAAUACCAAUAUGGUUGUUUUGGAGAAGAUAUAUGUAUAUAUUUUUUUAAAAUAUAAAUUAUUUAUAGAAUGCUCAAGAAUAUAUGUGGAGGGACAUGCUUAAUUUGUACUUAAAUUGUUCCAGGUAGUUGCCAUUUUACCCAUCUGCACAUUGACGCUGAUGCUUGACCAUAAUUUAAAUCCCAGUUGAAUUCUUAGUGACUAUAACUACCAUACAGCCAAUACAAAUACUUUUCUGAUUUCAAAUCAGUAUCAGAGUUGAUUUUAUUUCAGGUCUUUCCCUGCAGUCUUUCACUAAAAUGCAGAGUUUAUUCGAACAAUAUGAUACAUAAUCUUCAUAUUAUAUAACCAUUGUGUGUUUAUUUGAACUUGUCUUCGUUAGGUUACAUAGUAAUCUAGUUUGGGGAAGAAAAAAAGACUAUAGUCCAUUUUUUUUUCCAACCUUUAAAGGGACACCAUAGGCACCCAGACCACUUCAGCUCACUGAAGUAGUCUGGGUACAGUGUUCUAUGUCCCUUAAACAUGCAGUGGUAAUUAAUGCAGUUUUAAUAAACUGCAAUAAUUACCUGCCAGGAUUAACAAAAAAAAAAUGUAAAUUUCCAAUAAUACCUCAAAAAUGGAAAACACUGAUUUCUUCUUCGAUUGAAUAACCUGGAUGUUUUCCAGCAAAAACUGAAUAUUCAAGGAUAUAUAUAUAUAUAUAUAUCUCUAUCCUUGAAUAUUCAGUUUUUGCUGGAAAACAUCCAGGCUAUUUUUGUAAUACAAUCUCUUUAGGUAGAUAAUGUUACAUCUUUAUUGUUCUUAUUGUGAAGAGCCCUUUCCUCUGCUGUUUUCUUCCGGUGUCAGUGCGUGAACUCUUGCUUGUUGUAUAUUCCUGCUUUUGAACAGGUUAGCACAUAGCAGUUUGUACUGACCCAGUAUAUAUAUUUGUAUGGUGUUAUCAUAUCCCCUCUGCUGAGACUUUUUUUUUUUUUUUUCUCUCUGUCUGUAAAGAAAACUAAUGUAGGUUUUCUAGCCUUUAUCAUCCCUCUUAUUAAUUUUGUAAAUUGUUGCUACAUAUUUUUUAGUUCUGUAGUAUCCUUUAUUAAAACUGGGGCCCUAAACAGCACCGCAUAUUUAAGGUGGGGUGUUACGAUUGAUUUCAAAAGAGGCAAAAAAAUUUUUAUGAUCAUAUGAAUCAAUACCCCUUUAAAAACAUAGCCUUACUAGCUUUCGCAGUGGCAGACUGCUGCCUAGUUUGUUCUCAAUAAUUGUUCCCAAGUCCUUUUCAUUUGAUCUUAUCACCAGCUCACCUCCAUUUAAUGUGUAAGUGGCUUGUGGGUUCCUUAUUCCAAAAUGUGUGUCUUUGCAUUUAUUUGUAUUGAAUCUCAUCUGCCAUUUGCCUGCCCAGUUUCCUAAAAUAUCUAAAUCCUUCUAUAGAGAAGUUAUAUCAUGUUCAGACUGUAUUACCUUACCUAGUUUUGUGUCAUCUGCAAACAGUGAAAAAUUACUUUCAAUACCCACUUCAAGAUCAUUUAUAAACCAAUUAGGUGGAACCAGGACAGAAACCUGAGGCACUUCACUUACCACAUUUGUCCAUUUUCUAAAAUUUCCAUUUGAAACUAUUCUUUAUACUCUAUCUUUAAUCCAGUGUUCUAUCCAAGAACAUGGUUUUUCAUAUAAACCAAGUGAUUUCAGUUUUAAUAGUAACCUUUUGUGUGGAACGGUAUCAAAUGCCUUGGCAAAAUCCAAGUAGAGCACAUACACUAGAACACCCCAAUCCAUGUUUCUACCAAUUUCUUCAUAGAACUAUUAGUAUGGCAUGACCCGUCUUUCAUAAAACCAUGUUGAUUCAUGCUAGUUAUAUUGUUGUUAAAAAUAAAAUUUUAAAUAUUAUACCUUUAACCCCUUAAGGACAGCGGGCAUUCUAUGCCGUCCUUUUUGGGGCGGUCCUAAACUACGGCAGGCAGCAUAAUAGUCUUUUCAAAAGUUACUGAGUCAAAUAUAAGGCUUGAAUUUCCUUUUUUUCACAUUGAAAUUUGCCAGAUUGGUUAUGUUGCCUUUGAGAGCGUAUGGUAGCCCAGGAUAGAGAAUUACCCCCAUGAUGGCAUACCAUUUUCAAAAGUAGACAACCCAAGGUAUUGCAAAUGGGGUAUGUUCAGGUUUUUUUUUUUUUUGUAGCCACUUAGUCACAAACACUGGCCAAAAUCAGCAUUCAAUUUAGUUUAGCAUUUUUCACACACAGCAAACAUGAAUGCUAACUUUGCUAACUUUUACUAGGGGGGGGCGCACUUUCACAGGGGCGGCAUUUUGCGUGCAGAGUUCUGGGCCCACCGUCAAGGAGGACGGGAGGGACAGGUAAGUGUCAGGGAGAGGGGGAGGGGCAAACCAUACACACUGCUCACCUUCCCAGCACUUAUUCCACACAACACACACUGCAUCUGCAUACACUAUAUACACACUCCAUACACUAUACACACACUCCAUACACUAUACACACACUCCAUACACUAUACACACACUGCAUACACUCCAUACACACACUGCAUACACUUCAUUCACUAUACAAACGCACGCACUGCAUCCACUAUGCAAAAACACUACAUUCACUAAGCAAUCACACACUUAUACAUGUGUAUCUGUAUGUCUGUGUAUCUGUUUGUGUGACUGUGUUUGUUUCGGUAUGUCUGUGUAUCUGUAUGUGUCUAUCUGUAUCUGUGUGUCUGUAUGUGUGUUUGUAUCUGUAUGUGUGUCAGUAUUUGUCUGUAUCUGUGUAUGACUGUGUUUCUAUGUAACUGUAUGUGUGUACCUAUGUGUCUGGGUAUCUGUGUGUGUGUGUGCGCCAGUGUGUGUAUAUGUGUACAUGUGCAUACAUCUCAGCAUUUCAUCUACACUACACACAAAUAAAAACCUGCAUCCAAAUGUCAACACUACAUAAACACACACCACCAUAUUCAAAAACCACACUACAGAAAAAUGCACGCCUGCAUUCAAAUGUCAAUAUGUGCAAACAUACCCGUACAUUCACUCACACGUAUUUCAUACAAAAACAUGCUUACAUUAAAAAUAUACAAAUACUGCUCAAUGCUAAAUACAUUAAAAAAAUUUGGGGGGGUGGGGUUGCCAAAUAAAGGAUCCGCCCCAGGUGCCAAAUGCUCCAGGUACGCCCCUAUUUGGAAGCCAUGACUUAUCGCAUCGGGCCCCAAUGUAACUCUCCUUAAAUUGUCGUACCCAUUUGUUCCCUUGAGCUCGGUACUGUGAAACUACUGAACACAGCACACCCCCUGGCUCGUUAACUUCACAGAAAACCCUUAACACAAGUUCUCUCUCUUGUCCUUCGAACGCAGGCAGCGGUACUUGGUUGUCGAGAGCGUGGAACUAUACUUAGGACACGGUGCCUCGUGAACUCCGAGAAAAUCACACCAUUGCCUGUUCUGUCCCCCGACAAGCCAGGAGAGCGCUGUUGGGGAAAAGGAAGCCUUCAGUUACAGGUGUAUAGGAACUCCUGAAAAUUGACAGGCCGCUACUCUUUUCUUAUGGAACUAUUUUGGCCAACAGCCACGUGUGUGGCCGGUCAAAACUUUACCCCAGUGGCGAUUCGGCUAUACUACAUGGAUCUGAACGCUAUUUGGACAACUUGUGGGGGUUCUCUGUCUUAUAUCUGUCUUAUAUGUAUUUUGGGGUGGUUUGUUGUAAAAUAUUGUACUUCUAGUGCAUGGGAGAUAAUUAGUUUAAGCGAAGUACACACACUUCUCUCCCAGACACAGAGACGCCUGGGUGGGGUUACUAUUGUAUGAGGACCCCAUGCUGGGAGUCUGUGUAUAUAAGCAAGCAACUUGGCCUUAAUAAAACAGUCCUUCUUGAACCCAAUAUGACUGGUUGUGUUUAAUAUAUUGGAGGAAUUUCUAUGUGGAGUGGGAGAGCUAUAACACUACUAAGCACAUCUGGAACGAGGACUAGCGGAGGAAGGAAGGAACAGCGACAUUAGUCUUGCAGCCCUUGACACUGGUGCAGAAGCGGGAUCCUUCUUACAACACAAGUACAGGAAAAGGUUCCAGUGGAAAAGACAGCGACAAGGAUGGCAGAAAGCUACAGGCAACCAACUGUAGUAGUGCAAAUUACACUAUAUAAUAUAGUGCGGGGUAUCCAGGAGCUAAUUAGUAGAUUGGAUGAAUAUUAGAUUAAUAUGAUAUAAUAAAUUAUGUAAAAAAAUAAAUAAAAAGGUGAUAUAAAAACUAUAUAAAACAGAAAGAUAUAAAACUAUAUGAUACUAUGAUGUCCAAAUAAAAUAUAUGCGGUGUAGGUAUCCCUAUCCCUGAUUGUAAAAGCAUUACAGGGUGAAUGGUACAAGUACCAAAUAAUAUACUUUCAUAAGAAUAAAAGAUGAAGAUAGUGUCCACAUGUAAUUGCUAAAAAGCAAUAUAAAAAAAUCUCACUAAAUCACUAAAAAGUGAGGGAAACAACUGGAAAUCUAAAUAAAAACCAGUUUAUCAAAACUUUAAAAACUAAGAUAAAAAUCAAUGCACAGUAUAGUAACCAGUCUAUUGGAGGUAGAAAUAUCAAGAAAACCUUAAUCCUAGACCGUGAUAGGUGAGGAUACUGUUAAGUUUGUCCUCUGGAUCCCGACCGCCGGUGAGGACAGCAUGCGUGUCACAGUGUGUUCCACCUCGGACCUCACUCUGAGGGGUAAGCGCUGUUCUCACGGGAUGAUGCUUGUAACUGGUCCGGAAUCCGAAGUGGAUAGAGGUGCUUGCAAAUAGAUCCUGGCUGGCAAAUAGCUGUGCUUUGUCUGAUCCUUUGAUUGUUAACGCGUUUCGUAGGGAUAUAGCCCUACUUCAUCAGAGACUGUAUGCAUUGUAUGGUAUAAGGGGGUUCUUAUAUACCUAUCUAUUACAUUGCCAAUUAAUCACAUAAUUUUGGUAGAAAAAAAUGUAACAUAACAUAUGCUGGGACAUCUUAUAUAAAACAAUAUUGACAUAAUAAACCAUUUCAAAAGAUAUUUGUGCUUUCUUGGUUCUUUUAUGAAAAAAGUUUUUUGUUCUUUAUUUCUAAUUCUGUGAUAUAAAAAUGUCUUAAAGGAUCACUAUAGUGUCAGGAAAACCAAGCGGCUUUCCUGACACUAUAGUGCCCUGAGGGUGCCCCCAACCUCAGGGUCCCCCUCCCGUGGCGCUGAAGGCAUUAAAACCCCUUCAGCAACUUACCUUAUUACUUACCUUACUCUCCUGCCCCGCCGACGUCUGCUCACCCCUCCGACAUCAGCAACGAGGUUGUAGAAAGCAGCGGGGAGACCACAUAUGUGAUAGCCAAGGGUGCCCAGGGACAGACCUGACGCAUAUGUUAUAUCAACGUGCUUAAGGCACACCUGGAACGUGCAGCCGAUAUAGCUGUCAGACACAGGGGACUGAGCAAUGCCAGACCUACUAGGCAAAACCUGGUUCAGCUGGGAACUCCGCUUAGCCCCGAAGAGCAGUCCCAACUCCAAGCGUAGGAACAACCCCCAAUAUUUCUCCGCUCAGCCCGGCGCUACCACAUUAGCCCACCAUGCAGUUGAGACCCCGGUCAAAAUCCCCUCUGCCAACCGACACACAUGGUGCCAGAGGCUGUCAGAGGAAAUAUCCACCAGGAACUCCAAAGAAAAGGCUUUCCCUGUAGUGUUGAUACUCAAAAAGGACGGAACCACCCGGUUCCGAUUAUAGGCGGCUCAACGAAAGAACCACUAACGAUGCCUAUCCCAUGCCCAGGGUAGAUGAGCUACUUGAUCAACUCUCUAGCGCGGCAGAUCCCCCUGACUGCUGACGCAAUUCCCAAAUCCAACUUACGGUCAUGCCAUUCGGGAUGAUGAAUGCCCCCGCUACCUUCAAGAGGUUGGUAGACCAACUACUCGUUGGACUACAGGAUUUUGCAUGUUCCUACCUCGAUGUUUUAGUCAUCUUUAGUGCUUCUUGGGGAGAGCAGUUGCAACACCUGAGUACGGUCUUAAAUAAAAUUCGACAGGCAGGGAUGACCAUACGCCCAACAAAUGCCAAAAUAGGAAUGGCUGAAAUCCAAUACUUAGGACACCAAGUGGGGAGUGGGAAACAGCGUCCAGACCCAAAGAUAGAGGCCAUUCUCAACUGGCCUGUACCCCAAACCAAGAAGCCGGUAUUAGCCUUCUUGGGAACAGCCAGGUACUACUGCAAGUUCGGCCCCAGUAUAGUGAGACUGCCAAGCCCCUGAUGGAUCUGAUUAAGAAAUCCCUACCUUGGACGGUCCUGUGUUCCCCUAAGUGCCAGUUCGCCCUGAAAAGCUGCUCUGGGAAAAGCUCCUGUUCUAGCCGCUCCAAAUUUUAACAAGCAUUUUCUAUUCCAUACAGAUGCUUUCAUGUACGGACUCUGAGCAGUAUUGAGUCAGGUGAAUGAGGAUGGAGAGGAGCACCUGGUAGCCUACCAAAGCCGACUAUUGUAGACCGUGAAGUAGGAUAUGCAGACAUUGAAACGGAGUACCUGGCUUUAGUGGGAACUCAAAAGGUUCCAACCCUACCUCUACGGAAGAGAAUUUGCCAUCCUCACUGACCACAACCCCCUAAUUUGGCUAAAUAGGGUGGCGGGGGAUAAUGGACGUCUGCUAUGUUGGAGCUUAGCACUCCAACCCUUUAAUUUUAUGAUUCAGUACCAGGCCUGGGAAGGACAACCAACAUGCCGACGGAUUGUCCCGACAAUCAGAUGUAUAAACUAACGAUUUACAGCCGCCCACGGGCCUACCCAUUAAGGUAGACCCUGGUCAUCUUUUCUAAAGGGGAGGAGAUAAAUGUCAAGGGUUGCUAGGCUAAUGUCACCGUUCCUUCCCUUCUGCGCUAGUCCUAGUUCCAGAUGUACUUAUUAGUGUUCUAGCUCUCCCACUCCAUAUAGAAAUUCCCCCAAUAUAUUGGAUGCAAUUGGAGUGGCGUUUUAGGGAUUCCACUCAGGUGUUUGAGCAUUCACAGCUACCCAUACUUUCCCCUUUUUUAUUGUGGUUGUACGUUCUCUAACCCGUCUGGAGAGCUAAUCUAGUGCUGUCUGGGGUGCCGGGGAGCGGGGUGUGUCGCUGGCAGGGCCGGACAAUUCCUAUUGGUUCAGGUUUACCAGGGCCACAAUUAGCUUGGGUUUCUUCAUUCCCGCUGGAUCUUGUCCCUUCUCAGUCAGUAGUUUCUGUAGGGCUACUACAGUUGGUUGCCUGUAGCUUUCUGCCAUCCUUGUCGCUGUCUUUUCCGCUGGAACCUUUUGCUGUACUUGUGUUGUAUGGAGGAUCCCGCUUCUUACACCAGUGUCAAAGGUUGCAAGGCUAAUGUCGCCAUUCCUUCCUUUCUUCGCUCGUUAUACCUCUCCCACUCCAUAUAGAAAUUCCUCCAAUAUAUUGGACACAACCAGUCAUAUUGGGUUCAAGAAGGACUGUUUUAUUAAGGCCAAGUUGCUUGCUUAUAUACACAGACCCCCAGCAUGGGGUCUCCAUACAAUACAAUAGUAACCCCGCCCAGGUCUCUGUGUCUGGGGGAUAAGUGUGUGUACUUUUACUUAAACUAAUUAUUUCCCAGGCAUUAGAGGUACAAUAUUUUACAACAAACCACCCCAAAAAACAUAUAAGACAUAGGAACCCCCAGAAGUAUGGUAUCCCCAGAUAGCCUUGAUCUGAGCGCCCAAGUUGUUAAAUAGUGCUCAGAUACAUGUAGUAUAGCUGAAUCGCCACCGGGGUAAAGUUUUGACCGACCGCACACGUGGCUGUUGCCCAAAAUAGUUCCAUAAGAAAAGAGGUAGCGGCCGGUCAAUUUUCGGGAGUUCCUAUACAAUUGUAGCCGAAGGCUUCCCCUGGCUCAUAGGGAUCGAAUGGUCUCCCUGUCUGGGGACAGAGCAGUCAGCAGUAAGAUUUUCCCGGGGUUCGCAAUGCACAGUGUCCGAAGUAAAGUUCCACGCACUGAACGACCAAGUCCUCUGCCUGCGUUCGAAGGACAAAAUGGCCGCCAUUCACUGGAGCACGUGUUUUGGUUAUACAGUUGGCGGCCAGUCAGAGAGAGCACUUGAGUUAAGGGUUUUCUGUGACCCUCGCAUAAAGGGGGUGGGCUGUGUUCGGUAGUUUAACGACAAUUUAAGGAGAGUUACAUAGGGGCCCAAUGUGAUAAGUUGUUCUGUGACAACCAUCUUGUAGGUCCUCCUCUUAAGUUCCUAAUUUCUUGUGUGACAUGACUGGUCCUCGGUCAGAGACUGAGGGCCCGACAUAGGAGAGGGCCCGGGGGCUUGCCCUUUAUGCGAGGUCCCUCCACACUCCUGCCCGGGAAAGAGCCAGCCUCCAGUCUGCAGCUCUGCUGGGUCAGGUGUCUCGCUAUCUCAGCCAUUCAGAGCGUUGCCAAGGGUUACCACAGCAAUGCUCUGACUGGAAAUCGCAAGACUUACCACAUGGUCUGCAGCUCUGUACCCGGCUGAGCUGCAGACCGUAUAGGGAGCCCGCUGGACCACCAGGGAUACAGCCUGCCUACCAAACCACCAGGAAUACAGCCUGCCCAGUGGACCACCAGGGAAUUAUAAAGGUAUAUAUGACCCCCUGCCCUGUCACAGUCUCAGCUCCCCACCCCUUAUUCUUUCACAUCCCCCUCUGCCCCAGCCCCCCACCACUCCCUUCCCUGUCACAGGCCUCUACCACACCUGCCCUGUCACAGCCUCCCCACCCGUCACAGCCCCCCCUCCUACCCUGACACAGACCCCCACCACCUCCUACCCUUUCAUUGCCCUAUGUCCUGUCACAGCCCCCUACCAUCCCCUGCCCUGUCACAGACCCCCCCACCCUCCCUUUCAGGGCUCCCCCAUCACCCCCACCCUCUCACAGCCCUCCUACCCUGUCACAGUGCCCCCUACUAUGUCACAGCUUCCCCACCCUAUCAGAGCCCCCACCACACCCUGUCACCCCACAGCCUCCCCACACACACACCCUGCACACACACACAAGCGCUAUCACAGCCUUCCUCCGCUCACCUUGUCAUGCUCCACCCAUACCCUAUCAUUACCACACAAUUGACAACCCCUUUCACACACAUUGUCACCCCCUACACAUACACUAUCACCAUUCCCAAACACUUUCAGUCCCCACACACUGUCACUCCCUACACCCAGCCAACUCACAUUACCCCUCUUAAUCCUGUUACUCUCAUCCAACCAUACCAAACUCACCUGCACUUGCUUUGCCACACUUACCCUAUCACAUUAACCCCCCCUUAAUCCUGUCACUCACCUUCUUUUGCACUGUCACACUCACCCCCCAACCCUGUAACACUCAUCCUCUAUCAGUCUGUCCCACUCACCCCCCCUUCACCCUACCACACUCACCCUACCACAUAAACCCUUACAAUCCUGUCCUCCAACUGUGCAACACUCACCCCAAACCCUGUCACACACAGGUAGACAAUGCCAAAUACACUCAGAAAUACACACACCGGCACUUAUGUAUACACGACUGCAAGGCCAUGUAACCAUACCCCUCAGUCAUGUAUAAACGAUUAACAUACUUCCUGAUUAAAUUUGUUUAUUGCAAAUUAGUUUAGUUUUAUGCCAUAACUACUGUCAGAGAGCUCACAAUGCCGUGGCAAAGGGAGCCGCGACACUGCAAGCCUCUGAACAAUGUAUACAGAGACUAACGCUCUGUAUCCAGCGCUGCAAGCUUGUCCUUCAAUACAACUACAGCACCUUAUACACACAAUGCAACAUGUUUAGUUUUUUUUUUUUUACUUUGGGUGUUAGUGGGGGGCCUCGUGUUUGAGUUUCGCCUAAGGCCUCACAAAGUCUAGAGCCGCCACUGGGUACCAAUAUGGACCAUGACAGCCGGCUUAUUUCCAUAUAAAGAAAAACAUUCCUAGACUAUAUGUUUAUUACUGAACAUAAGAGGGGUUGGCCAACUGAUCAAAUUCAAAACCUAUCUUUAUGUAAGAAAAAAGUGUUAAUUUAAUGUUAAACAAAACAAAAAAAAUAUUGUUUAAUACUUUAUUGUAGUUUUUUUUUUUUAUUAACAGAGACCUAUAAGGAGCUUAUUCUGGCUCCAAAGAAAAAGCUAGGAUCUCAAAUGAUGCAUCGAAACCCAUUUCCACGUCCAAUAGUUUCAAUGCUGCCAGAACGGACAGCCCUUAUCCCAUUGACUAUUGUCAAACCAACUCAAGUUGUUUGCUCCAAUCCAGUGACUAAGGUAAGUAAAUCAUGUGCAUCAUGAAAAGUUAAUGAUUUCAGUGCAAUUAUGUUGAAGCUGUUUCCGUAAUUUGUUAAAACAAAGUAAAUUUAUUCUUGAUUUGUGUACUUUAUUAACUGCUGAAUUGGCCUUGCUCUACUGUGUUUUCUGGAGACUACUCCCACACACCAGGCCAAAAGUAGAAAUUAACGGAUAGCUGGUGAUAUCCCAGUGAUAUCAGCUGUUUGUGGUUUUUUUUGUAAGUCAUUGUUGUGGUUCUUAGUGGCACGUUUGUGUGUGUGUGUGUUUGUUGUUUUUGGAUCUUUUCCGUAAAUUUUACUCACUUUUAUCUGUCAUGCAAAAUUUAAGGUAAUUAUUUUUUGUUUGUUUUAAUGCUGCUCUCAUGGAAGCAUAUGUGAACUUUUUGAUCCAUGGAAAGCGUCUCUUCAGUGUCUGGAAAGCGGUCUAUAAUUUGUUAUACUUUUGCUGUUUCCUCUAUGUAACAUUCUACUCUAAAUUAUGUUCUAUUUUACUUUUGUGUAUCUUAGAAAAGGGGUAUUAAAAGGAGGGCUGACACUACAACUCCUAGUGUAUCACGCAUAUCGUCUAGCUGUGACUCUUCUCCAGCCUUCUCUGAAACAAAGCAAGCCAAUAUACCACCUACAACAGAGAAAUACAGGGGGUCAGAGGCAGUGGUGCGUGACCUUCCUGAUUCUCAGCAGCAAUUACAAGUUCUUAAGGGAGAGGAACUCUCUGAACAGAUGAAACAUUGUAAGCACACCCUUAAUGAGAUGUUUUCGCAAAAGCAUGCAGAGUAUGCAUGGCCAUUUUACAAAACCAUAGGCCCUGCAUCUUUUGGACUGCCUGACUCUGGUGAUAUAAUGACCUGCUCCAUGGAUCUUGGAACUAUUCGAGUAAGUUUGGCUUUUGUGUUUUCGAAUCCAUUGUUUCUAGACCUUGCUACAACAAUACAAACUAAAAAAACAAAUUAAAUCUCAUUGUAAAGUUUUCAGUCAUCUCUGAAAGUCCAUUGGAAAACAUUAAAACUGUAAAUCAUUGAAAUUGUGUAGUUGACACCAAGGAUGGCAUAAAUGUAGAUAUCAAUUUAUUGUAGAACCCUACCCCAAAGCAAAGCAUCAUGUGAACUGUACUUUUAAAAGAAUUGGGGAUCUACAUUGAGCCCCUAGUUUAGACUUUAAAAAUGUGUGUCCAUUUUUAAAAAUAUUUUUUAUUAUUUUUUAUUUACAUAUUGGUAAUCUGUAAACCCCAAGAGUAUGGAACACUCAUUUCUGUACAUUACAUUCACUCAGCCUUGAAUCAGCCAGCCAGCCAGCCAUUUUUUUUUUUUUUUUGUGUCCCCAUGUCCUGUGUUUUGAAGAUUGCUUUCUGUGACCAUUACACUUAUGUUUGGCCAACAAAAGGAGCAAAGGUUUUAUAAUAUUAGCCAAUCUAUAUUUUUUUCCAUGUCAUAUUAUCCACACUGUAAGAAGAUGCUGCAUACCAUGCAGUGUAAAGAAAAAAAAAAUCACAAAAUGUUUUAAAUGGCACCAAGCACCAUAACAACCUAAGCUCCUUCCAUAUAUUUUAUUUCAAAAAGCUGUCUUGCGCUUUGUUUAUUUUAUUUGUUAAAGUUGGUUUAUCAGUAAUUGAGACUGUGUGUCCAUCACCUCUUUUUGUCAUGAAAAGGAAACCUACAUUUCUGUUGGCUAUAUAACGUUUUGCAGGUGUGACAAAAAGUGACAAUACUUUUUAACAUUUAAUCUACUUUAGUAUUAUGUUUUAUAGAUACAUGUUUUAUUUAACCCUUUCUUCAGCUGUCUGUCAAUCAAGUAGAUUAGUAGCUCGUACAUUUAUAAAGUAUACAAGUCACGCUCCACCAACAAGCAUUUUUUCCUCCUUACACUUAUGAUUCUUUCUAUUCAUCCCAGGAUAAAAUGGAUAAUGGACAGUACAAAGACACAAAUGAGUUUGCCUCUGAUAUUCGUCUAAUGUUUAUGAACUGUUACCAGCGCAAUCCACCGGAAAAUGAAAUCGUGAAUAUGGCAAGAAAGUUACAGGUAGAUCAGCAAAUGUUAUGUAUAUAUGUUAGCUACUGCAUUAUAAUGGAAAAUGAACCGACUGUGGUAAAUUGUACACAUAGCUUGUAUGUAAUAUCUUUCAUGAAAAAAAUAACUUUCAACAUAUGGUAAUAAAUGUUCAUAUAUGGGUGAAACAUUUGAACAACCAUACUAAGAUUUUUUUAUUAUUAUUAUUACUGCCUACUCCAACCAAAAUGUUUGUAAAGAUGGUCUGGAGUAGGUUCUGUGAAGGAUAGGAGCCACACACACACUUUGUCUCCUGAUAUUGAGUUUCUGAAUAACUGCAGCCUUUGAGUUAUCCAUGCCUACAGUUUCUCAUCCGAGUCCAUAGCCAUUUUGUGAAACCUCAGGUUCUGAAGCAUGUUCACAAAUAGGUAAAAGGACACUUUAGUCACCAGAACAACUAAAACUUAAUGUAGUGGAUUUGGUAUCUAUAGCAUGUCCCUGUAGGCUUUUUAAUGUAAACCCUGCCUUUUCAGAGAAAAGGCAGGGUUUACAUUGGUGCCUAGGAACAACUCUAGUGGCAGUCAUGCAGACGGUCACUAGAGGUGCUUCCUGGGUCAGUGCCUCUUUCUCACUGCAUGGAGGUGCUGAACGUUCCCCAUAGAGAUGCAUUGAUUAAAUAAUCUCUAUGAGGAGAUGCUAAUUGACGAAGUACAGCAUUUUGCCACGCAUGCACAAUAGCCUUCCAGUGUUUCCUAUGGGAUCAUUAAGAUUGUUAUCCUUUAAAUUAAUUGCCCAAACACAGAUUAGUGUAUAAAUACAGAGUAUCCCCACCAACCUAUGAACAGUUUGAGUUGAGUACAAAGAUAGUACCAGCUAUCACUUGGCCAUAGGGACAAUUUAGAUACCUAGACUGUAGAGCCAAGGGUAGCAGAAGUGACUUGGAAAUCCACCAAGCAUAAGCUUAAAAAUAUUUUAUAUGGUGUAGUAUAUGAGUAAAAGAUCAGAAAAAAUGAUGAAAAUAUAAUUUAGUAUGUCUGUGUAAGCUGCUAAACACAGGAGCAUCACCAAGAUGUAACUAGUCAGCAUGGCAGUCAAGCUCCGUCCUUCCUACUGCCUUGAUGGAUAGCAAAGCAUUCACUGACUCACCCCUUGAGGUUCUACUUGUUAUCAUGACAUUUUUAAAUUCUUCCUUCAGUCUAAAAGAAACAUAUUUUGAAUUAUGACCACGAUACAAAAAGAACCACUGGUAUAAAUGUGUUUAUUUAAAAAAAAAUGUAUUAUACAUUUAUUUUAAUUACAAACCUAGGGUUGGUAUAUGACAUUCAUGACAUUUGUACUUCCAAUAUCUUCCAUGCUGAUUUAUGGACAUUUCCACUGUUUCUACACGUCGAAUUUGUGUCCGUAAGCAUGACAUGGUAAAGAUAUGGAGGGAGUUUGGUUUACAUCUCGUUGCUAUUUAGGGGAAAAAAACUCUGUGUUAUCUAGGGGGGGAUUGUAGUCCUGCUCCCUUGUAUUGGAUGUUUAGCAAUUCUGAUAAUGAACCAGCCCCUCGUUGAGGGUAGGGAGGGAAGAUAGCAGGGUGAAUAACUGUGGAUAGUGGAGGGUAACAUAAAAAGGAGAACAUAAACCAUGCAACUGGUUGAUAUAUUAUUUUAUCCAAUCUUGCCCCUGUCCCGCAUAUUUUCCCAUUCAGAAAGUAGGCAUUGGUAGUUGGUCUGUCAGUAGGUCUGAGUGGUUAUUGUAUGUUAUGCCAGCCCUCACCAUGUCCUGCCUUGACUUGGAUACAUGGCUUCGACUUGUUUAAUCCUCAGGGUCUGUUGUCCUGUAUAUGAUCCAUGAUUGCCAUAUGGAUCCAUACUUGUUUGGGCAUCUCAUUGUGGAUCAUCUCCGUUCCACCAUUAUACGUAGGCCUUCUAUUCUGGGUAUUAACGCCUGAAUGGUGGGAGAUGUGGUUGACCUCCAUAAGCCUGUAACUACCAUUUUGACUGCCGUCAGUUUAAAGAAUGGUAAUGAUGACUUGUAUUUGUGGUGUGGUAUGUUUUGUCAUGGAAGAGGAUUGUAGGUAUAUCUAGUUAUAGCUGGAGACCUGUAACCCUUUUGAGCACGGCUCCCACUUCCCUCCAGUACCCAGUUAUGAGGUUGCAUUGCCACCAAAGGUGUUGGAGUGUGCCGGUGUCCUCCUUGCAGCACCAGCAAAAGCCAAUGCUUUCUGGAGCAAAGUUUAGGGUUUCUAAGGGUGUAACAUACCACCUUGCGAGCAAUUUAUAGUUUUCCUCCACUAAUUGAAUGCUGGUAUGGGCAGAGGCACUCCUGUGGAAAAUGCGGCACCAGUCUUCCUUUGACAGAUUGGGGGAGAUGUGGUCAUUCCAGCUUCGGGUAUAGACUGGAGGUCUUGGGUAGAGUAGUGGCGUUAGUAGUUUGUAGCAUUUUGGAUAGUUUUUUGGGGGUGGGGUUGCCUAUCAAGCACAUGUGUUCAAAUUUAGUUUCCUCUCUUAGACCUAGGUCUGGGAUUGGUAGCGUUUGUAUGAAAUGUUGCAAGCGCGAGUAGUGAAACAUUUCUAAUUUGUAUGGCAAGGUGCUCGCUAUGAGGUCAGAAAUUGGUUUUAAUUUGUUGACCUGAACCAGGGUAUGUAGUUGUGUAUACGUGUUGGUCGUCCCGUGAGGUCUUUGGAGUAUGAGGAGGUUCCCGGUUUCGGUCGGAAACGCCGGGUUGUGGGAUAUUAGAUAUUUGGGGGACAAAACCGGUGGACAAAACCACACAAAUCUGGUAAACUGGGUUUUAAUUUAGCGGAAAAAGGAAGUGGGGAUAUUUAUUGGCACUGUGUUGAGAUGUAUAAUAUCUUAGGCAGGAUAUUCAUUGUAAUGAUAUUUAUUCUUCCUAGCCAGCGAAAGUUUGGUUUGUUCCACCUCAGUAGAUCUUUGGUUACGUCAUGAAGAAGGGAUGUGUAAUUAGCAGUUAAUAAAUCUGUGAGUUUAGGAGUAAUCUUGACACCCAAGUAUGUUAUGUGUCGGUCUGCCCAUUUAAACUGAAAUUUACGUCGAAGGCUCUUGACUAUAUUAGGGGGGACGUUAAGGUUUAGGAUUUCGCUUUUAUCCACAUUUAUCUUGAAGUGAGAGUUUACUAUACAUCUGUAAUUCUGUCAUUAAUGGGGGUAAGGACCUUCCUGGUUCUGUCACGGAGGUCAUCGGCAAAGGCUAAAACUUUGUAGGAGUGUACCCCGCUGUCGAUUCCCUUAAUGUUAUGGUUGCAUCUUAAUGCUUGCAGUAGUGGUUCUAACACGAAUAUGAAGAAUAGGGGUAAUAGAGUGCAGCCCUGUCGGGUUCCAUGCCGUAUCUGGAAUGGUUGGGAUAGUUGUCCGUUAACUUUCAGUCGUGCAGAGGGUGUUGAGUAGAUCGCUGAGAUCCACGUCAGCCACCGUGACCCGAAACCCAGUGUCCUCAAUGUCGACAUGAGAAAUGGCCAAUCCACCCUGUCAAAAUCCUUUUCUGCAUCUAUUGACAAUAGGAGAGAUGGAAUUUUGAGGCUAUUCGUGUGAUGGAUUAGGUUUAUUAUUUUGUUAGUGUUGUCUUUGGCUUCUCUUGUCGGCACAAAGCCUGCCUGGUCAGGGUGGAUUAAGCUUCCUAAGUGCGGGCGAAUUCUCAUUGCCAAUAUCUUGGUGAAUAACUCCAUGUCGACAUUGAGGAGAGAAAUUGGGGGGUAGCUACCGCAUGAUUCUGGGUCUUUCCCUGGCUUUGGGAUGAGGGUGAUUCCAUGGCCUCAAGGCUGGAUUGAGGUAAGGGCACUAUGGGUGAGAUUGUGUUAAACGCGUUCAGGUGAUGCUCUAAUUCGGUGAGGAACGUCCUGUAGUAAGUUUUGGCAGAGCCAUCGGGACCCGGGCUUUUGUCUGUCGGUGUGGAUUGAUUUAAUCUGUUAUAGGUUCGUCUAGUGAUCUAGCUAUUGUAGGGGUUAGGAUUUAGUCAUAUUUGUCCGUCAGGUAGUUGAGUUUAUCUUGGGGGUGAUUUGUCGUUGGGGGAUAUGUCCAUAGUGGUGUGUACUAUAGUGUACCUGUUGGGGUUUUGAUUUUGGGUAUGUAGGAGUGUUGUCUUUUGUUUUUUUUAGGGCAUUAGCUAAAAUUUUCCCACAUCUGUUUCCCAGGAAGUAGAAUUUUUGUUUGGUCCAUAGGAUCGUUUGAUUGGCUCCGUAAUUCAACACAAUUUUUAGGUUGGUGCGUAGUUUUAGUAAGGAGUCGCAGUCUCGCUGGGAAUGUGAUGUUUUAUUUGAGAAUUCUAGUUCGGCAAUUCUAUUCAUUAAAUCUUUUCUGGUGCGUGAUCUUUCACAUUUGAGACUGUAGCCCCAUUUUUAUGAGUCCUCCCCUGAUGACUGCCUUGUGUGCUUCCCAUUGUGUGAACAUAUCGACCCCUGGGGUGUUUUCUCAGAAAGAGGUUGAUGCGUUCAGAUGUCUCGUUUUACUUUUGUCCUGUUGGAGGAGGUGGCGGUUCAGUCUCCACUGAGUUGUUGUGGCCUGAAGUGAGGGUAUCUGUAUAGUAAUAGAGACUGGUGCAUGAUUCGACCAGGUUGUGUUCUAUGUCUGCUUUGUGAAGCCAGUUAAGGUAGUGGUGUGUGAGGAGUAGCAUGUCGAUCCUGGUGUAUGUGUUGUUGGGUAAUAAGUGUAGUCUUUGGCUGUGGGGUGUAGAAUUCUCCAGGUGUCCACUAGCCGAUGUUGUGUAAGUAGAGAGUGCAUUUGGGAUCUAGCUGAUUUUAGGUUUAUUGCUGUGGUAUCUUUACCUGCGUCUAGUGAGAGGUUAAAGUCCCCGCCAAUAAUUAACAUGUCUUUAAAGUGUUUCUGAGACAGGGAAAGUAUAUGGCGGAAUGUGGCGCAUUGCCUGUGGUUAUGCAAGUAUAUAUUUACAAAGGAUAAUAAUAUUAAUAAUUAGCGAUUUUUUUUAUUUUUAUUUAUUUAUUUAUUUUUAUUUUUUUUAUUUUUUUUUGAUUUUUUUAAAUAGCACUUUUCUCCCUGUGAGACUCAACGCACUUUACAAAAUAAAGACAUAAAAGUUAGGAGUUUGUGAAGGUCAGAUGAGCGGACGGAAUGCCUGAUAAAAGAGGUGGGUCUUUAGUUUAAAAAAAAAAAAAGACUGUAAGGACGCUGCCUAUCUGAUUGCGCAUGGUAAAGAGUUCCAGAAGGUAGGGGCAGCGUGGCUGAAUGCCCUGAAACCGGAGUCUGUCUUUAUUCUUGACACUGACAGGAGGGAUUUGCUGGCUGACCGAAGUGAACAGGAUGGAAUAUAGGGUGUCAGGAGCUCUUUCAGGUACUGUGGUCCUUGAUUGUUUAAGGCUUUGAAGGUCAGCAGGCCAGUUUUAAAACAUUUUUGCCACUUAAUAGGAAGCCAAUGCAGGGAGUGAAGAACAGGUGUUAUGUGGCAGGAGCAAGUUUGAUUGGUCAGUAGUCUGGCUGCUGCAUUUUGUAUCGUCUGAAAGCGAUGGAGUUCUUUUUUCUGGGAGGCCCAAGUAAAGUACAUUGAUCUAGCUGAGAGGAUACAAAUGCAUGGAUUAAUGUUGGCAUAUCAUCCGGUGGAAUUAAGUAUUGUAUCCUGGCUAUGUUUUUCAGAUGAAAGUAGGCAGAUUUUAUUAUGGAGGAAAUCUGCAUUUUAAAUGAUUAAAUUUGGCUUUUUCUUUAGGAUGUUUUUGAGGUGCUAUUUGCCAAAAUCCCUGAUGAGCCUGUUGAUAAGCCUAACAUGUCCCCAUUCAAGCUAUCAUCUAAUGAAGACACCAGCUCAAAUUCCUCUGAUAACAGUGCCUCCUCAGAUUAUGAGGAUGAGCGUGAGCGACGUCUUUCCUUACUCCAGAAGCAGGUAAGCAAUGGUGGUGGUCUAGAAAUGAUUUUCAGCGGGUGUCCUUCGAAAUAAAUUCCUGCAUAGAUACAUUUUCAGUUUUCUUCCAUUUACAUUUUUUAUUACAAAUAUGCAAUUAUGAAAGACCUAUGUCAUAUUAUCUAUAAAUAUACUGUGACGUGUAUUGUCCAUAACUAUGCCAUAUGUCAUAUUGUCCAUAAAUGUGCUCUCACUAAGUACUGCAUUUUUUCAUUUUUUCAAUCUGAUGAGGUUAAGCAAAUUCCAUUAUACUUAAAGGAAUGCUCUACCUUUAUAAAAAUAGGUACUUAUGUUUGUGUUCCUGUUGGGGAUUUAUACUGAAGGUCCAACUGUGCAUCUGCGUAAAGAGCUGCUCUAUGCCAAUAGGACUCUCCUCCUAGAGAAGCAUUGCAAUGCUUCUCAGUGGGUAGAUUUAACUGCACGACAUCAUCAUAGGCAAACUGACUGACACAUUUCUCUGAAACAGCAAUGUUUACAGUUGUCGCAGUGAAGGGGCAGCAUCUAGCUUCCAAUAAUACUACAGUAUGCUGUAGUAGUUUUGGUUCUUAUAGUGUCUCUUUACUUCCUUCACAUUCAUUUUUUUUUUUUUUUUUUUAAAUCAUACAUAUCAAGCUAAUAUUUUACUCUGGAGGUUUUGGGAUUUUUGCAUUUAGUUUGCAAGAUGUUUGGCUGUCUUUUCAAGGUGUCCACAAGAUGUCACUAUAAAAUCACGAUUGUUAACUUUUAUUUUUAAAGCUUAAAGCAGUGCAAGAACAACUGCAGGCGUUAAGUGAUGGACCUUCUACCAAAAUCAAGAAGAAGUCCAGGAAGGAGAAGGAGAAGAAGAAGAAAAAGUCCAAGAACAAGAAAAAACGAUUAAAAAAGAAAUCACGCCAGAAUUUAAAAAAGAAAAAGCUUGAACAGAAAGAAAUGAAGAAGAAACUCUUAAAGUAAAUGUGUUUUUUAAAUCUAUAUAAAGUAGAUUUCUGUGUUUGUUUAUUUAUUUUUGCAGUUUGCUCCUUUUUUAUUAUUAAUGUUGUAUGUUGUUUCUUUAUGGAAAUGCUUUAUGGAGGAAGCACUUUGGCUAGUGGUGUUAUUGUGUUUGAAUUUUAACAUUUUGGAUUUCAGUCGUCUGAGAUCGUUUGAGUUAUUAUUUAAAAAUCCAGACUUUGUUAAAUAGGGCAAACAAUGUCCAGAUUUUGCCAUCUGAAUGGCCCUGUACUGCACCAAAUAGUUUUCUCCACUACGUACAGUGCUAUUCGAACUCUAGCAAAUAGACCCCUGCAGGUGCCAUCAUCUUAUAGAUACUAACAUUGCAGCGGGUUCUCACAGUAUCUGGAAGUGCCAAACUUAUUUUCAAGAGUUUAUUAUGAAACUGGAGGCAGUUCACGUGGUUCUUUACUGAAGGGAGUAUUCACUUUGAAUUCCUGACAAUUAUCAAAUAACCCUAUCAGUAUUACACAAUAUUAACUUCUAUUAACUAACAUUAACAUACAAACAAACAAUAAACAUCUUGCUAUUAACUCACAAUGCUGAAAUAAGAUUUCACGCAAUUUGUUUUUGUUUUAGUGACUCCAAGGAAAAGAAAGUGCCUCUUUCCGACGAAGAGCAUGUUAAACCCAUGAGCUAUGAUGAAAAAAGACAGUUGAGUCUGGAUAUCAAUAAAUUGCCUGGAGAGAAGCUUAGCCGUAUUGUUCAUAUCAUACAGUCCAGAGAACCAUCACUUAAAGACUCUAAUCCACAUGAAAUGGAAAUAGAUUUUGAGACCUUGAAACCAUCAACCCUAAGGCAUCUGGAAAGAUAUGUGAUGCUUUGUCUGCGGAAGAGACCAAGGAAGAAUAGUGGUAGGUAUAUGUUUCCUUACACACAUUCUAAUUCAAUACCCUUCUCUGCAAGCCGUUCAUUAUAAGAUUGUGAUUUAUUUGCAGUGGAUAAAUCUGUCAAAUCUAAAGAGGAGCAGGCUAAGGAAAAGAAGAUCGAGCUGGAGAAACGUCUUCAAGAUGUCAGCGGACAACUAACCUCUGCAAAGAAAUUUAAAACCAUGGGUAGCUAUCCAUCUGUUUUGCUAUAUAUGCAUGGCAUGUAAUAUUUUACAUUUUGUUUAAGGCUUUCAGGGCAAUAACAUUUUUACAGUGCAUGUAGAUAACCUAUGUUUAUAUUGGCCAUAAACUUGAAUACACAGGGUUUCAAUGUGUUUAACAUGUAAGACGACAAAUGGAACAAGCAGUAGGAGAGAUUAUGGAAAAGGACGGAUGCUUGCUCUGCCAAAUGUGCAAAUGCUUUUAGUUUAUACUAGUUUGUGUUAAAAAAAAUAUAUAUAUACCGGGUAUACAUUUUUUUUUUUUAAUAACAGUGUGUUUUUUUUCCACUUGUGAGUUAUUUGUUUUUGGUUUUGCAUAUUGCCAUCACUUUAAAAGUGAGAAAAAUAGGGACCCAUUUUUUUAUAGUUUUAUUUUCGGAGUUCAAUUUAAGGUAUAAUAUGACACGGUAUGUCUGCAAGAGGCUCAAAAGAGAUCCUCCUUUCACUGGAAAAAAUUCCUGCAAACACCAUAUCCCUCGUGAAAAUAAGUGAGCCUACAUAGGAUUCAUAUUUAUGUUUCUUUAGUCCAAGUUAAACAUGAACUAGUUAUUCAUGUUAUAGGUUCAAAGGAAGUUAGAAACUGGACUUGCGUGUUUCAUACCCAACAGUUCUUCCUAUUUUGUUUUUUGUUGUUUUUUUGAAGAAUGUUAGAGGAAGAGAAUUUAUUCCUAUUAGUGAUCCAGUGUUAGCUUGAACUCCUCUAAAAUGUUCAAAUCCCUUGUCCAUUCCCCACAGUUCCUUUUUUAGUGAUUGAACCUCAAAAUGUAUGUAUGCUAGAAUGGAAAGUUCAUGCCAUACCUAGUAAUGUUAGAUUUUACAGACCUGUUUCCAUGUUUUUCAGAAGAAGUAACGUCCACCCCACUUUCAGUUGGAGGAACCUGCAGACUAAGCGAGAGUAGCAGUACUUCUUCCUCAAGUUCUGCUGACAGCAGUGGCAGUAACUCCAGCUCAUCGGAUAGCAGUGACUCUGAAUCAGGUUAGCUGAAAACCUGGCAUAAUUUCAUUUGGCAUUACCAGUAUCUUAGUUACCAACACCAUUUUAAAUGGAUACCUAUUUUAAUAAAACAAACAAAAUAUUGUAACUUUCUGGUUGUGUCAUUAUCAGAAAAUAAUAUGCAAGCCUGCUCAUGCCACGUCUAAACGUUUUAUAAGAGAUGUAGAAAAUCGCAACAUGUAUGUGGUAAACCAAUGCUUAUUUCAAAGUUCCUAUUUUAAUCUAGAAAUCAUUUGCAGUAAAUAAAAUUAGAACAUCUGUUUAUUUCGAUGCCUGACGUAGACCUGUUCUAAGAUGCUUCUCGGGGUCUUUCUUUAACCCUGGCCCAGCAAGCUUCUUCAGUUACCACCACCGGUGGUUUAGAGAGCACACCUGUUAUUCAUCAGUUCUGCUAGUGGCAAAAGUAGACUUCAGUUUAAUAUUUUUGUAUAUACUUUUCAAAUGAUAUGUUAGAAAAACUUUUCAAAUAAUUUAUCUACAAAAAUCCCCAUAGAAUUAAUGACUUUUUUAGAUAAAUCAUUUGAAAAGUUAUUCUAACAGAUUGUGAUCAUUUGAAAAGCUUACCCAAAAAUAUUAAAUUGAGUCCUGCGUUUGAUGUGGGACAUUCUUGUAUCCACAGGCUUGCUAUGUUAUCCGCAUUCCAGCCAUUCUUGGGGCCAAACAAUUAAAAUGCUAGGGGUAUGCAAAAUGAUCUACUAAAUCUUUAUUUAUUAAUUGAAACUUGGAGAGUGUCAGCAAAAUAGGUUAUCACUUACUAGUAGAUGGCUAUUUAUAUUCUGUGCAUAUAUAGAGAGCAAAUACUAAAGCCCACUUAUUAUAGACAUACAUUCUCACAAAACUACAAACCUUAUUAUCCUGAGUUAAAUGUCUGAAAUAAAUCCUUAUCGGUCUGUUGUUGUUGUUUCAGUCUACAAGAAAUAUUACCUUUAUUUGACUUAGCAGUAUAGUUUUCAAAAGUUAUAGAGUGUUUCUAGCAAAUAUUUUUCUUAGAUUAUACCUACAUUAAUUUCUAUAAGAUAUGGCAUUUUGUGAAAACGUUUAACAUUACAACAAAUAAGUUGUAAUAGGCAUUAUUUAUUAGGUAGUUAAGCAUUAUUUAAAUCUUCUUUUGUUUAUAUGUUCCCAUGAUUAACAUUUAAGAAAAGUGUUUAAAUGCAUUAAAAAAAAAAAAAAGUCGUGACUCGUAUGUUAUUGGUCUCAUUCAAAAUCAUCUGUACAGUUGCAUCUAAAUGACUAAUAAAACAUAUCAUGAAGCAAAAUAUUAAAUAUAGUGUCAUUCCUUUAAUUCCUUUUUUAUCCAUGUUUUUAUUUAUUUUUUGUUCUUUCAACUUUAGACUCUUAAAUAUAGUCUGCAUUAAGCAACUCUCUUGGAUUUUUUUUCUAUGGCAGCCAUUGUUUCCCAAUACCACAAUGAUGGUUAAUAAUAAGGUAGCAAUAUAAAUGUAUUUAUUCACAAACUGCUUUUUACCCUGUUUAAGUCAUCUCUAAUGUCACCUUCACAACUUUUCAUCCAUCCAUACUGUAUCACUGUUCCAUAGUGUGUGUGUAUGUGUAUAUAUAUAUAUAUUAUUUUUGGCAAAAAGAUAACAUUCAGGGAUAUAUUUUUUAAUUAGUAGGGUAAGAGCUUCUUGAUCCUAGGAGAUAUCUUACAUUCUAGGGUCAAGAAGGAUUUUUUCCCUAGUUUGUUGCAAAAUUGGAAGCACUUCAAACUGGGUUUUUGCCUUCUUUUUGAUCAACAGUAAAAACAGAUGUGGGAAAGGCUGAACUUGAUGGAUACGUGUCUCUUUUCAAGUAGAUUAAUAAGCAGUAAGGUUUCUCCAAGUGCCACAGUAAAUAUCACUUAGUCUGACCUAAACAUUAAAUACUGUAUACACAAUACAAGCAGUUUAGAGGGAACGUUGAAGGUUAUCCCCCAAUAGGCAAAUUAAAUUCACAGCAAUUUGCUGUCCGUGAAAAACACACACACUCCAAAUUCUGUGCUAUUUAUAGGAGCACAUACACUUAGCAAAUUUUCAUUUGCCCCAGCAUUUUGUCACACAGAGGCAGAUUUGGGCAUUUCAAUUUUCCUGUUUUGUGUUAAACAACAAAAGUGUCAAAAGAAAUUAGUAAAUAAAAUCCAGUGUAGCAGUCUGCAGAAACCCUGAAUAAUUAGGAUUCCCUUGAGCACUGGUUUUCUCUUCAUCCUACUCCUUCCUAUACAUUUGAUUUCUUACACUAUGUGGGAUGAGGGAAUGCAGCAAAUGCAGGGUCACACAGACCUGGCAAGGGGGUAAGAACAAGUGUCCCGCUGACCACCAUCAGCAAGAGUUGUGGGGUGCAGUCUUACAACUCUUGCUGAUUAAAAGUAGGAGGAGGGUUUUUUAGGGAUGCUACAUAAGUGAGGCACAAAUUGUGCAGGGUCUGUACUAACCCAGCACGGUGUAAGUUUGUGCUUGUUCUGGUGGCCAGCAAUCUCAGGGCUAUCCAGGACUGUGCUGGUGUCCCCGGAGAUAUAUCCAGAUAGAGUUAAGUGUUUCAUACCAACCAGUCUGUCAGACAAGAUUAAUAUUUAAAGUGGAGAUUUUUGCAGUUGGCAGAUGUGGGAGAUCAAAAAGUGCUCAUGACCAACUUCACAAAAACAGUCUGUGUGUCUUAGACAUGUACAGAUCUCCACCAAACUAUGCAGGUUGUACAAAUGGAAGUCCAGGGAUAUGUGUCACACACCUUACAACUCCAGCAGUCUCCUCCUGUCAAAGGCAUGUAUUCCAUGUGAGUAGGAUGAUCCUUACUGAGAUCUCAGAGUUUUAUUCACAGUAGUACUUGCUCUCCAGUUCAAAAGUUAUCAGCCCUCAAAUGGGCAAAGUAGUUAUCAACCCUAUCACUGGCAGAUCAAUGCCCCUCUCAUCUACCUGCCUCGGUUGUGGUCCAGAGAAUCCCGUUGUGUUUUACCCAUGAUGCAGGUGGAUGCAAAUAUCUUGUGUUAAAGCUUCAGAUAUUUAUUUUUUUUCUUAGAUUUUGAUGGUAUUGGGAGUGAAGAGUUAAGCUAUCUUGUUGGAGAGGGUGUUUGCCACUUUGGGACUGGGGAUUACAUCCCCUAACAAUGCUACUGUUAGUGUAAAAUUCCAUGUUAGUGCAGUGAUUAACUGGACAUACUUCAAAUUAGUGAAAAGAACAAAUGGGUACAUGUAAUUCCAUCCCACGACAAAUGGGAUAGUAAGAGGUAGCCCAAAACUCCCUUCAGCUCAUUAGGAAUUUCAUAGAAACCAUCCAGUUUGUCACUUAACUGUCUUGUCUACGGUACAUUUAAAAGUCCACAUAUUUGUUCCAAGGAUUCUGGCGUUAUUUUUUAAAAAUUUUUAAUAAGUUGAGAUCAUGCAAGAUGAGCGAACAGUAAGAAACUAUGCAAACAUUCAUGUUUACCUAUAUGUAACAAACCUGUGGAUGUUGCUGAUCAUAUUACCCUACAGCACCCCAAACGUGAAUACAUUAACAUAAUGCACCUUAUAUGUUUUACAAGAAUUAAGGUGGUCCAUGACUCGUUCCUGAUUUUUGACUCCCUUUAGCAUAUAGAACAGAAAUUUAUUUUCAACAAUAUAACAGUUAUUUUUAACAAGGCUGUUUACCACUUGUAAAUCUGUUAUAGUCAUUAUUCCCAUAUGCGGGACACUGUCUUUAAUCUUUCAUUUCAAUUAUAUCAAUUUUCUUUUAUAUUUUUAUAUAAUUGUAGAGACUGCAGACUCCAUAACAGUUCUUCAAUUAAUUUCCUGAGUUAACCUAUACCAUAUCUGUUGUAAUCAUAUUUCGGCUAUUUACUACCUUUUUAUGAGAUUCUUUUCUUGAAAAUAAUAUCCAAUACCUGCAAAAUAUGUUCAGAAAACAAAAGUAACCGUUUCACAUAUUCAUCUGGGUUUCAAUAGCCAUCGGAUAAUGCAUUUUUCAGCAUAAGCAAUCCCUUGUAUAUUUGUCUUUUUUGGUUUAAUCUGCAUAGCAAAUCAUAUAUUAUAUAAUCUGUCUUUGUGCCAUAUGGUCAUUAUCCAAAUAGUUGCUUCUAACCAUCUAACUCUGCCUUGAGUCCAGAAAGUAGGGGCCAUGUAUUCUGAUGAACUCAUCCCAAUAAUGAUUUUUGGAAAGGAUUUUGCUACUAAAUGGUACUUGUCCUUUUAGCGUGCAUGCUGAUUUUGCUUUAAAAAGCAUUGCCUGCCCCUUAUACCAGCACUAAAGAGAAACGUACUUGUGCUGCCCUGCUAUUGAAUAAUAUAGCUAUUUUUCAGAGAUGUAACGUGCCAGGUAUUGUGCGAGACACGAAAUAGUCACACAAACUUCGAAAAUAUAGCUCAACAAGAUUUUAUGAAAACGUCAAAUUAAAACUAGGGUAUUCAGAGAAAUUGAACCCCAUAAAAAUAGUUAUAAAAAUACUAAACUACCUUACAGAUACAACUGGCAGUUUGAGUGGAAAAACAAAAUGUAACAAAGCCAGUCCUCCUGCCAUGUGUCGUAAAAAGUAUCUUCAAGACAGUUAAGUGCAUUAUUCAGUGCAGUAAAGGUGGGAAACUGGUGUAAUAAGUAUCUGAUGAGUUAUGAUUGUGUUAAAUAAGUAUUGUGUGACAUAUUGUCUGAGACAUUUGGAGGUGAUUACAUUCUAGCCUGUGCAUUCAACUGCUGUAAAAACAAGGAUCCUAGGAUUUCAUGCACUCUCAACAUGGGAUGAUAAUACAUAAAUAGCGACUGAUAAAAUAAAUACCACAAAGCCUCACAUCUUAAAAGAAACUGAAACAUGACUGGCUGCUAAAUCCCUCUUCUCUCAUUACUUUCUUGCUCUUUUUCUGUUUCUGUCUCCCCCCAGUUUGCUAUUGUGUUUGUUUUCAUUGUAGGCUAGACUCUGCGCAUACAUAAGCAGGAUUUGGACUGUUCAUUGUCUUUAUAAACCAAUGGCAUUAUGAAAGUGGUAGCAAGUUUGGAAAAACUCCAGAAAAUCCCCACUGAUUAAGAUAAAUUCUCAAUAUCUGAGUGUUUUAAGAAAAAUGUUUUAAAAAAAAAUGUUAUGUCAGUGCACCAGUUAGAAUAGGAAUGAGCAGAUACAAAUCCAAGCUCUUCGGCACAAUGCUGACUGGUUCAGUGUGUCGGAAACAUCUCUAAACUGACUGCAUCAAGCUACACAUUAUUAAAGCUUUUGAUGUGAGUAAAAAAAAAACUGGUUGAAGUAAUUCCCCACGUUUACUACUGUACAGUUUCUGAAUCUCAUAAGGCACAUUUGUGGAAAAAGAAAACCAAGUAAAUAAAAGUAAAAGUUCCCUAGAUAGAGGUUUAAACUCAGCACUGAUAUACAAUUACAUUUGUUAAAACAGAAGAUCAUGGCAAAUGGAACCUGUAGAAAUUUUGCAUGUUACUAUGAAAAUGUAUUUUUUGACACGUGAGCCUCCAUGAUGCUAACAAACUGGUGUCUGACCUGAGUGACAUCUGUCACGUCGUUUCUAUACUCUUAUCAACAAGCUCUUGGCGUGUUUGCCCAGGGUAACAGUAGUGUGAUAGGAAAAAAACAACUGUAGGAAGGUUCUCCUGCUCUACUCUGUCAAUCAAUUGUGGACAAAAACCUCUAUGGUAAAGACUGAUUGACAGGUGUAGGGAGCAUCUAUUCAAUCAGAUUUAGCAUAACAUCUAUGCAUUUGUCAACUAUUGCCUUGUGCAAUGUAUUUAAUAAGUGUUAGCAUUAAGUUGGGAUUGCCAUCUGACAGUUAACUAAAAUAAAUUAAUUUGACUAGUACGCUAAUAUAUCUAGUUCGUUUUUACAUAAAUAUAAAUUUUAUGAAAUGCUGAAAACUGUGAAAAAACAAACAGGCAGGCAUUUAUUUUUUUAUUUUAUUUUUCUCUUAUUGAAGUGAGCCUUUAUACAAAAAGCUUAGAAACCACUGUCCAAUAGUAUACUUUAAAAUCAGAAAAUACUCAAUCCUUCUUAUAUAUCCUUCAUAAAAUAAAUAUAUGAUUUUUUUUUAAAUAAUUUUUUUUUGGGUGAUCAGUCCUCAUUGGUCAUUUUUACAGGUUAAAAUGUUAUUAAAACUAUAUAUUUAUUUAAUCUAAAAAUGUUUCUUUACAGUACAUGAUCUGAAUGUGUUAUAAUGGGGUUUACUGCACCAAUAAUGUCAUUCCUUCAUAUCCCUCCAUUUGGUAAAUAGAUGUAUAUUAAUGUCAGAGAUGUAUUUAGAAUAUUACCUCAUCACAAAACAAUUCUCCCACAAUCAUCCAGUCGCCAUGUUCCUGCCUCUCUCCCAAUACCCCUCCAGCCUCCAUGCACACUUCUCAUCAAUUCUCUCAUUACAUACCCCCAUUACAAAAUAACAUUCCUUUAUAGACCACCGUCCCCAGCCAACUUUCUAAUUCCCCCCUUUCUUCCUAUUUCCCCAGGCAAUGUCUAAAAAACAUUUUUUUUCCUUGUUUGAAACUCCAGAUAUAUAGAAUGACAUAUAAUUUUGCAUCUAUAUUAAAUCAGAAACAUUUUAUAUUACAAGUGUACAUUUUUUUCCUUAUAUUUACAGAAAAACACGCCAAGAAAUGUUCACCUGCACAACAAGGAAAGGUAUAUGAAUCCCCUCUUCUUGCCAGUAAUCACCUCAAGUUUAUUAUGCAAAUGAAUUGUAACAUCUACAAUGGAAGUAUUUACCUAAUGUUUUCCUCAGUGCCCCAUUAUUCGUAUAGCUUGCCCAUUGGGCUUUGAAUCAAACAGUACUGAAAUCAGUAAGUCACAAACUUGUUUACUAGUAUAUUCUUCAAACCCCUUUCAGCCGUUCAAGUUUAAGUAUGCAGAAAGUUCUUUCUUAGAGUACGGAAUAACCCUACUUGACUAAUGAAGAUAUAGGUUAUAUGAUAAAUAAAAUCAUGGUUGACCAAUACAGAUCAAUCAUGCAGACCCUAGUGGGCAACCUUUUGGUAGCACUACCCCAAAAGUAAAACUUUAAAGUACCUUAGGGUGCCUGCCUUACUUUUUAAAAAUAACAUUUAUGUAUGUUGAGGUACUCAACUUGUGUUGCGUAUAGAUGCGGGAGAUGCUUUGUUAGGCUGUACAAGUGUAUAUUUGUCUGGGCUAAAUGUAUUGUGAGUGUAAUGUCUGUGUUCCUAUGUAAAUGUAUACGGGCAGUGUGUACUGUUGUCUGUGCAUUGUAGUUUGUGUGUGUGAAAUGGUUGGCAUGUAGGGUUUUAAUGUUGGCUGCAUUUUUGUGCAGUGUUUGGCGGGAGCGGUUUGUGAAAUUUUGUGGGGUUGUUUGUGGUGUGUAUGUGUGUAGGCAACCUGUUGUUUUAUGUAUAUGCAUAUGCCCUGUUUCUGGUCAUUUGGUGUGUGUCUUUCUGUGGCAUUAUGCAUGUGUAUGUGGACUGUUCAUGAUAUUUGUGUUUAUGUGUAUGUGGGCAGCCUGGUGUGUGAGGUGUAUUCUUUGUAUUUGUGCUGUCUCUGAUAAGUUUGUGAGUUGUGUGUAAUAUUUUUGUGUGUAGUAGGGACUGUACGUGGUAAUGCCUAUGUAUGUAGGCUUCCUGAUUUUGUUAUGUAUGUGUGAAGACUGUGGUUGUGUGUGCAUGCUUUCUGUGAUGUUAAGUGUAUGUGGAUUGCUUGUAAUAUUUUUCUGUGUGGUGCAGAUUGUCUUUAGCAUUGUGUGUAUAUAAUCUGUCUGUUGUGUUAUGUAUGUGUGUGGGCAUGGCUGUCUGUGUGUAUGUCGGUUGCUUAUAGUAUUUGUGUGUGUAUGUAUGUAGACUGUGAUGUUAAAUGUGUGCAUGUGGGUUGCUUGUGGUAUUUGGGUGUGCAGUAGGGGCAGUCUGUGGUGCUUUGUGUGUGUGUGGUGGGGGCUAUCUAUGCUGUUUAUGUAUCUGUGGGCUGCCUGUGGUGUUGUGAGAGGCAUGGUUUUGUAGGGUUGUGUAUUUGUGGGCUGUAGUGUUGUGUGGUGUGUGUGGCUCUUUACAUAAAUACAUUUGUUGUAAACUUGGUUUUUGUCACCUUCUUCUAGGCCAGAGAAGUGGACAUGGAUCCGGUGGUGGAACUUUCAGUCAGCACCUUCCGUGGGUGCAGAGCUCUUCUGCCUCUCACUCCGGCGAGUUGCCAGUGAGUUGGAGCAUUGCAAUGUUGACCCUUGGAAAUGCUCCGAAUCACUGAGAGUUUCCUGUGGUAUCUGCUAGGGGUACAGACCAUUAGUUCCUGUGCACUGGGACACUGUUGGCCAACUGAGGAGAUACUCUGAUUUCCCCACUAGCCCAUUUGGGUUGGAAGUCUCACAUGCCAUAGGUUGCCCACCCCAGCCCUAGCUUAGUAUGGAAUGGUCUACGUAACUUUGCAUUAGAAGGACAAUAGAGCUGUCAGUGAAUGACAAUGGUUAGACUAUUGUAACUACUGUUGAUGAUCUUGAAAUGAUUAAGGUUCUUUUAACAACUCACAUGUAUUUGUUUUUUCUUCCAUUUUUUCACGAAUAGUUAUCAACCAUAUCCGUUUCUGCAAAGUCAUAUUUUGAGCAAUCAAUUCAACUCAAAAUGUCACCACCAAAAAAACUACUGGGAUCAGCUUUACGUAACUCAGAGAAUCAAAUCAUGUUAUCUCCACUAGGUAAGGUUUAUGAUAUCCAAUAUUCUAAUAUACUUGUGUGUUUAAAUAUAUAUUUUAUUUAUAGCUAUAGAUACUUACAGCUCAGUUUGCCUUUAUUGACCAGCAAACAAUCCCAACAUUGACAUUGCUGCUGUGUCUCCGCUGGCCAUGUGGGCAGGAGAUGGUAGGUUUUACUUUCCUAAACCUGUCCCUCGUGUUGUUGCAAUUCUCUUCCGUCCCCUCCUCUGCAGCUCCUUUUGCUUCAGCUGCCCAGAGCAGACAUCAGUGUUGUAGUCUCGUGAGAGAGAUUUAUUUCCCUACAGCCAUAACUGGUGACGGCAGGGGUGGGGGGGGGGAGGCAAUUUAGACAAAAGUUAAUUCUUCCUUUUCUCAAGUGUAGUGAAAAUACUUAAACAAAGUAGUCCAUACUUUGGCUCCGUAUAUUUUUUGCCUGGGUUGCAAUUUCUGUGGAAUUCCAAAACAGUCAAUCUGAGUAUUUGAUAAAUAUUCUAUCCUUAUGAAAUACUCCUAUGCAGGGGUGGGGUGACAGAGCCACUUUAAGUAAUGUGGAAUGGUAUGUCAGAUUCUGUUAGAGAAAUGUUAUCAAUAUGCUGUAGUAGUCAAAUGGCUGGUAUGACGUGGUAUGCAUCUUCUCUAAUAUGCUUAGUUUGGUAUUCUACAGUUAUUAUGGAAUACCCCUUGUAAGAUUGUCGAAUUGGAAGAAAAAAAGAUGUCUGUUUUGGUUGCCAUGUUUGUAGUUUAGUUUUUUCCAACGACAUAGAAGUAUGGAAAACUAAAUAUAGUUUUAUAUCUUUAUGUUGGAUAACUGCUCCAUAUCUGGACAUCAUUGAAAACAUGAUACUAUACCAUUUCUUGCAUGAUUGUUAUGCUUCCAACCCCUUCACAGAGUGAAAAUCAAGAAAUAAAACAGAGCACGCAUAUUUAGCAAAUGUGAAAAAAAAAAAAAAAGAAAACCAAUUAAAAAGAAACGGUGAAAAAAAAGUACCAAGAAUCAAUCCGUAAAAUUAAAUGUAUCCUUAAUUUUAUUAAAAUUAUUCAAAGUCAAAUACAUCUUUAUCUCGGUCCACAAAAUCUCAGUAAACACCAGGUAUAAAUAAUUUGAUAUGACCAAGUGUAAAGAAUUAUAAAUUAUUAAAGGACCACUCUAGGCACCCAGACCACUUCAGCUUAAUGAAGUGGUCUGGGUGCCCGGUCCUUCUAGGGUUAACCCAUUUUUUUAAUAAACUUAGCAGUUUCAGAGAAACUGCUAUGUUUAUCAAUGGGUUAAGCCUUCCUCCAAAUCCUCUAGUGGCUGUCUCAUUGACAGCCGCUAGAGGCGCUUGCGUGCUUCUCACUGUGAAAAUCACAGUGAGAGCACGCAAGUGUCCAUAGGAAAGCAUUAUGAAUGCUUUCCUAUGCGACCGGCUGAAUGCGCACACAUUCAGACGACGGGGCGGAUCGGAGGUGGAGAGGAGGCAGAGAGCUCCCCGCCCAGCGCUGGAAAAAGGUAAGUUUUUACCCCUUUCCACCUUCCAGGAAAAAGAGUAUGUUUUCCUGGCACUAUAGUGGUCCUUUAACUAGAUGGCAUAGGGUUACUGUAACAUUGUAAUAUAUAUCUUCAUUGAAAUAUCAGAAGAGUGUUUGCAAGAAGAGGGUGUUGCAACUUUCGAAGGGUUGUUCCAACCAAAAACAGUUUUAAUAAAACACUGUUUUAGUUUUAAUACAUUGCUCAUCCAUUGCCAGCAUGCUACGUGUGCUGACAACGGAUUAUAAUUUUUUUUACGCACAAAACAUUAGUAACUUGAAACUUUUCCGUGCUGCUAAUGCCACUGUCUCUGAGGUGUACUUAAUUAAAAGCUGUACAUGGAGAUUCCAAGCACCAUGACCAUUCCAAAUUACUGAGAGUGUCAUGGUGCUUAGAGUAACCCUUUCACAUAAGAUGAUAUACCAUCUUACUUUAUAUCAUUUUUAUUCUACACAUGAGUGAACUAUAAAGGGAAUGUACAUACACUUGAUUGUUUCAUUAUUGUUUAUAGGCUUUAACCAGGUAGUAUCUCCGAUCCAGUCACCUUCAUGUAACCUGCCUCCACUUGAUAAACCACAAGUAACAGAGCCUUGUUCAAUUGCAGCAGAUGAGACAGAGAAGGCUGAGGUGAGCCAAGUUAUAGCACCAGUUGAUCAAAAGAAUGCUUCACUGUCGCAUAUAAUAAAGCUUAUACACACUCACAUUUUUAGUAUAGAAAAAACAAAAUAUUUUUCAUAAUCAAGUGUCUUUAAAUGUCAGUCUGUCGUUUAAUUUAACCAAAUUAUUGCCAACCUUUAACCCACAAAAUUAAUACGAGAAACCAUAUUUUGUGGUUUAAUGUGUCAAAUUUGUUCUAACAGUACAAUGUGUAGAGUCCUUUUGUAAUGCAACACUCAGUAAAUAACAUGUUAUUUAUCUCAAUAUUGCAGACCCUUGGUUUUUAAGGGUCAUACUCAGUGAUCCAGCCCAGGUUAGACCUCACCCCUCCUUCCCUGCCUGCAGUCACUCUACCUCCCUUCAUUAAGCCAGUUUUUUAUUUUUUUAUUUUUUUUUUAAAUCCUUCCCUCUCUGCCUCCCCACUGCUUCUGUCUUCCUCUCGCCAGAUCAGAUUGGUUACAUGCUCUUUGAGUUGGCAAAGAGGUGCAAUCUCAGGCUUCUCUAUGAGAAGCCUGUGAUUGGAUCCUUAUGAGGGAUAUGUGGCUUCAGAUGAAGGCAGGAGGUCAGUGCCCCCCCCAAAAGACUUUAACAAAAAUCUUUUAAGAUGGGGGGGCCUAGCUAGAUGUGUCCAAUAGAGCAUUAUGAGGUCAAAACACAUCAUAAAUGCUAAGGGUUGGAGGAACCCUGUAACUCUGAGAAACUGCACUAAUCUUCUUCCUUUUUCUGUGCAUGUUUUCUGAAAUCUGUUGUGGAUUAAAGCUACCUACUGUGUGGAUACACAAUUUUUGUUUCAUUGUAUAUUGUUUCAGAAUAAGUGUUUAAAUUAAACUGUUGCAUCCAUUUCUGCAGCUAUAUCUGCAGAUUUUGCCUCUACACCUGAUGGCAUAAAGAUAAUGGUUAAGACCAAAAUAUGUAAAUAAAAUUGAUGAUAUUUAACUCUUUAAAGUGAUGCCAUGCUUACAAUAUUUUCAAGACCACCUUCUAAUACACAGAAUUGAGAAAUUGUGUGCCAUUAUGCACCUAUUUUUUCUUUUUUUGCACUCUAGAACAUUAAGCUAAAAAAUUCCAUCUCUUGGGCAAAUUAUUCCAAAUCUCUAACUACCACUCCUGUGACUAUAAAAUCAUCAAGCAGUUGUUUCCAGCAGUUCCGGAAGGCGGCCUUAGAAAAAGAGGAGAAAGAACGAGCCUCGAAGGUCCAGGAACUGAAGAUAUUUCAAGACAGUCAACAUGAGACAAAGGACAAAUCAAGGUUUGUUGUUAUGACAUAUUGCUCUAAAGUAGGUUUAUCUUCCUUAAAUUUCACUAGUUUUUAUUUCUAUGUAUUUUGGAUUAUGUUAACAGGACACUCCACUACAGCUUAAAGUAGUGGUUCUGGGGGAAAAGAGUCUGUUCCUGCAGUCUUUUCAGUGUAAACACUUCCCUUUCUGAGGAAAGGAAGUGUUCACUUUGCAUCCUAUGGCCACCUCAGGUAGCCACUAGAGGGGUUUCAUGGUUUCAUUUAGUGUCUUCAUGCCUGCUACAUAGAGAUGCAUUAAGAAAAUAUAUUUCUAUGAGGAGAUAAACAGCUAUUGCCACGCAUGUACAUAAGCCCUCCAAAUGCUUGCCUUGAACAAUCUUUGGAUUGGCUACUGAUGAUAACAGCCAGGAAAGUAGCGAUGGCUAUGGCAAGACCAACACAGAGAAGAAUAUAAGGUAAGAUAAGCAUUUUCUUUUUCUAUUUCAGGAGGCGCGGUUGCAUCUAAAUAGUUGUAAAGCAUUCAAACAUUAGGAAUACAUUUGUAUUUCUAAUGUUGAAGUGUUCCUUCAAGGGGCAUUCCAGGAUGUAAUGGUCAAUAAUGUUUUUCAGAAGCUGCCUAAGAUAUAGGCAAAAAAAAAUAAUAUUGCACCUUUUAUGAAUCCUGAGACUUCAUAGCUUCUGAUGUGAGUGCUGACCAGAUCAGGAAGUGACUCAGCAUAUCAUGAACCCACAGGUGUCUGUGUGUGUUAUUGUUCAGGUGUCCGUUUCCCACUGUCAUGUAUCAUGUGAUGCUAUGUAUUGAAUGCCUGAACAUUCCAGUUUAAGGUCAAAAUAAAUCAAUGCUCAGUGGGGCCUGACUGCCAUGCUGAUCAGUGGCAUCUUCUGAGAGUUCUGAGAGAAAAGCUGAUAUUAAUGCCUUUUUUGGACCUAUUGUUGCAUCUAUUGAUUUUUAUUUUAUUUUAAUAUCUUUAUUUUUGCCAUGACUUGAAAUUGCGGUACAUUUUUAUUUAUUUAUAAAAUAUUUUACCAGGAUGGAUACAUUGAGAUUUCUUUUGUUUUCAAGUAUGUGGUAUAAAGGCUUGUGCAAAAGCCAAACUUGUUUCAUAUACCUGCAUUUCAGUGAUACAGAAAAGAAAAGUGUUCAUGUUAUGAUCUGCUUGUUGGUAUACAAUUUUAUUUUAUUUUAUUUUUUUACUUGCCAAACAAGCUGAAAAUCAAAAUUAAAUGAAAAGUAACCGUUUAGAAUAACAUAACAUAAUAUCACUGCGCCACCGCUAUGUCUUUUAAGUGGUGUGAGUUGGAAACCUUCUUUUGAGUCCUUCUUUGCAGUUGCCACCUCAACUGGAGGCGGUGAGCUGAUCCCUAGAUAUCACUAGUAAGCGGUGGUUCAGCGCUAGUGAAGCAUCAAAACAAUAUAAACCUGAGAAGUUUAUGAUACUUCCUACGACACCAGUGAGAGAGGGUCUGCCCCCUGCCGCUUCCUCUGUGGUCCCCAACCCCUCUGAGGGGCACUAUGCUUCAUAUUGCUCCCACAGGUCCCAUACCUUUUGGAAUGUGAUGGUGGUGUUUCUGACCUGUGCUGUUAGCCUAUCCAUAAGGUGAUUGUCUCUUAGUUUGGUGACCACUAAAGCGACUGAGGGUAGGUCGGGGUUUGCCCAAUGUUGUGCUAGCGCUCUAUGUGCUGCUAGAUAGAUUAUGUUGAGCAGCUUCUGCUUGUGUCUGUGGAGACCAUCGGUUGGUUUGCAUAAUAGGCACGCCCAUGGGUCUAGGUUCAGUCGCCUUUGGAAGAUAUUUGAGCUCAGGUUGACCGCCUCGGUCACCCUAGGGCAUUACCACCACAUGUGGAUAUAGCUCCCCUUUUGUCCACAUAAGCGCCACCAUAAAUCAGUAGGACUCCGUUUCAUGUGACACUUUUUAACGGGGUAGUGUACCAUCUACAUAGUGUUUUAUAUGAUUGCUCCUGUAACGUAACACAUAUGGAGGAUUUGGCGCGUGCCUCCCACAUGUCCUGCCAAUUGAUCCCCCUUCAACUCCUCUCCCAGUUUGGCUUCCCAUAAAUCUGUAUAAUGUAGCUGUUCCUCCUCCCCCAAUUUCGAGCAAAGAUGCUGGUAUAAGAGUGUGAUUAACUUGGUUUGGGAGAUUUCUUCGAAACAUAACUUUUCAAUGAAGGUAAUUUGGUAUCUUCGCAGCUGCGCGUACCUCUUUGGUGCGAGUAAAGUCCCUAAGCUGUAUGUAGCGGAAGUAAAGCGUUUUUUUUUUUGUAGGUGUUUGUAUGCGACUGUUAUUGGCAAUGUAGAGAUGUAUAAAUCGUUGUUGUCCCGUAUGUUCAAGUCCUUUAAAGUCUUUUGCUCUCAUUCCCGGUGGGAAUUGUCUGUUCCUGAGUACAGGGGUCAUUGGCGAGAGGGCACCCCCUAAGGUGUAUUUUAGUGCUAAAGAAAAAAAAAAGUUACCUGCGCUCUUUCCACAUCCCUAUGUAUUUUUAAACAAAUUGAGGUUUUUAGUUACCUCCAAUGGCCAUGAGAGGGUAUGCCCACCUGCCACAUCAAGGCAGACCUCUUAGGUGGGUCCUAACUUUAACCAUUCACCUUGCUUCCUUGAGCUUCUGCAAAGAUAUCUCUAAUGAGACAGAAAGGGGUAUUUUUUAUAUAUACAGCCCUACAUGCUUAUUAACCCUUAAUAGGGAACACAUGGGAUGGGCAGCAGCAUUGUAACCUAGCUGUGUGAUACAAAAGGAAAUACAAAUACAAAGAAACAAGUCCUGCGCUCAAACUCCCAUUACUCCUGGGCGGCAGCAACGACCGUAGUACACGUCAGCCAAAAUACAUAUAGUAAAAACCAAAGAAAAAAAAGUUACCUGCGCUCUUUCCACAUCCCUAUGUAUUUUUAAACAAAUGGAGGUUUUUAGUUACCUCCAAUGGCCAUGAGAGGGUAUACCACGUCAAGGCAGACCUUUGAGCGCAAUACUUGUUUCUUUGUAUUUGUAUUUACUUUUGUAUCGCACAGCUAGGUUACAAUGCUGCUGCCCAUCCCAUGUGUUCCCCAUUAAGGGUUAAAAAGCAUAUAGGGAUGUAUUUAAAAAUCCCCUUUUUGUCUCAUUAGAGAUAUCUUUGCCAGAAGCUCAAGGAAGCAAGGUGAAUUGUUAGAGUAAGGACCCACCUAAGAGGUCUGCCCUCAUGUGGCAGGUGGGCAUACCCUUUCAUGGCCAUUGGAGGUAACUAAAAACCUCAAUUUGUUUAAAAAUACAUAGGGAUGUGGAAAGAGCGCAGGUAACUUAUUUUUCUUUGGUUUUUACUAUAUGUAUUUUGGCUGAUGUGUACUAUGGUCGUUGCUGCCGCCCAGGAGUAAUGGGAGUUUGAGCGCAGGACUUGUUUCUUUGUAUUUGUAUUUUAGUGCUGUUUGGUCCCAUAUUUGGAAGAAGUAAAGGAUGGCUGGAAAGCUCUGUUGUUUAGGGACCCAGAUGUAAAAUUGGGGGAUGUCUGCCCCUGUUAACAACAAUUCUAUUUCUACCCAUUGUCUCCUAUCUGGGGGGAGUGCCAGUGGACGAUUUGGGUCAAUUGCGCCGCUAAGUAAUACUGGUAAAGGUUUGGUAAACCGAAUCCCCCCCUAGACUUGGGACUAUAUAAUAGGCUUCGGAAAGUCUUGGGCAUUUUUUCUGCCAAAUAAAUGUGUUUAUGGCCUUUUGUAUGUUGGCUAGGUCUCCUCUGGUGACUUGUACUGGUAGGGCUUAGAAGAGAAACAACAAUCUGGGGAGGACAUUCAUUUUUAUGGUGUGCAGAUGACCUAGCCAGGGGAUGGGUUUAUCAGUCCACUUUUCUAGGUCCUCCAUGAUUAUGCGUAACAGUGGCGUGUAAUUAUGGUGAUACAGCUGGGUAAGGUCUGCUGUAAAUUUAAUCCCUAAGUACGCGAAGGCCUCUGUAGCGAUUUUUGUCGUAUGUCCAUCGUGUUUGAACCGGAGAGGUGGAAGGGUAUGGCUACUGAUUUGGUCAGGUUGACGUGGUACCCUGAGAGGUUUCCGUGUCGGUCUAGGAGCGGAGCCAGUGUCAUGGACUGCAAUGGGUUUGUCAGAGUGAGUAGUACGUCAUCGGCGUAGGCAGUUACCUUAAACUGCUGGUGUGCUAUCUUCACUCCUUGGGGUACUCUUGACUGUGAGUGACCACUUUGGGGCACAGCUUAUUAACCAGGAUAGCUACUCCUGCCUUUUUUCGUAAGGCUCUCGCCACGUGUGCGGUUCUGAAUACCUUAUCCAUUAGCCUUAUCGGUACCGACCUGGGGAGGUGUGGCUCUUGAAUAAGAGCGUUAUCAGCUUUUUUAGCCUUUAUCUCUCUUAGUAGAACUUUCUGCUUGUUGGGAGUGUUGAGCCCCUUUACGUUAAAGGAGACUAUUUUCAGUGCAUUGAUCGGUAUUAAUGAGCUGGUAGUUUGUGGUCUUAGAGGCCACUAGGGUCGGGCCUGUGUAGCUAUAUGGGAUUUGAGAAGGGGUGUGGCCAAGCUCUGUCGCCCAAUGUCUCCCACCGGUGUCGCUGUAGGAAGAAGAGUUAGUGAGCAAUAAAAUUAUAACUAUAAACAAAUAAAGUAUAUACAAAAACAAUUCUGAUGGUCUGGUAGGGUGUACAAUUGGUACCCUGUCAGGGAAGGGGGGCCAUCGCCCCAGUCCACUACGCAUCAAUGCGCAAACCUCAACGUUUCUGAUGUUUUUCUGUUAGGAUCUUGUAUUAUCUCUGACCCUCGGUUUAAGAGCUAUGUGGGGAGUCGUAGGGUCAUAUCGAUUGGGACUAUGCCCGUAACAUGUUUUAGUAGCAAAACAUGGUAGUGUCGCCAGUGCCAUGCGACUAUAAUCCCCCGACCCAUCCUGCAAUCAGGGGAAAGCGCACCGGCCGGCUAGGUCUGGAGGCCGGGAAGCGACAUGCCAGAGCAGGAGGCAGGGGCCGCAGGCACCCAGCACUCCCUUUCUUCCACCCACAGACCCACCAGAAGUGCGGCAGAGAGGUCGUGAGUUAAAGGGUUUUUUGUCGUAUUAUCUCUUCAGAUUAGCCGUCUAAGGUCCACUCUCCCGGGGGGGGCUCUCAGGCCUCAGGGAGGCUAGAGCUGGGUUGUGGCCCCCAUCUGAGUGAUUCCACAUGCUUGGGGUGUGUAUCUAGGACCUAUGCAACCUAGCGUUGCCUCCGUAUCACAUAACAGGCCUCUAGGUACUGUGGUCAUUGUGGGCCCCCCUGUGAUCUCUACCCAUCCCCUAUCUGUAUCUUAGUAGCCCUGUACACAUAUAAAUUCAUGAAAGCAAAUAUAUUAAUUAUGUACAUAAUAAUAUUAUGAAGAUGAAACUGAUGGUGCCCGGUUGAUUAUCCCCAUGGGUGUCUGGAUAUCUCAGGCCCAGAACACCUCCGCGGGGUGGAAGUAGCGGGGUGACACUUCGUGUCGCAGAAUAUCACUUAGCUGUGCCAUUCAGGUGAGCAUCAGUCCCAGAAAGCCGGUUCUAGGCAGAUCACUUCUUCCAUGUAGUGCCGCUGGAGAUCUUACCUGCUGCAUUCCAGUCCUCAGGCAAGGCUGCAAGCCCAGGGCUGCUCCGUUGAGGGAAGGCAAAGUCCGGUGGGGAGUCUAUGCUUAGACCUUGGAGGAAAGGGGCCAGUCCGUCCCCAGCAGCAGUGCAUGGGCUAUUCCCACCCUGAAUGCCACGAGUUUGAAUGGGUGGCCCCAGGUAUUUCGUAUUUCAUGUCUUUGUAGGAGGUCUGCCAUAGGCUACAACUCCCAUCGUUUCUGUAGUGUUGCUGGCGAAAGGUCGUGAUAUAACGUUAUGGUAGCAUCUUGGUAGAUGAGUGCGUGAUCUAUGCUGUAUUUUAGUAUUGCCUUUUUGGUUGAGUAGAAGUGAAAGUGACUGAUUAUGUCCCUAGGCACUGUGCCACCUGCUCUCUGGGAGCGUAAUGCUCUGUGGGCCCUGUCUAUAACCUAUUUAUCCUCUGGGAUAUCAGGUAAGAGGUUUUUGAAGUAGUGCUCAAUCAUGGCUAUCAAGGGGCCCUCAUUUUGUUUUUCAGGGAGGCCCCGAACCCGGAAGUUAUUGUGCCUGGAUCUGUUCGCCAAGUCCUCUACUGGCAUCUCCAGUUCAUUAACAUGUUGUUCCAUCGUGCUUGAGUGGGUGACCACUGUGUUAUGGGCCUUUGCUACCCGCUCGACCUUAGUCUCCAGGUCUGACGUGCGGACUCCAAGGGCCUGUAUCUCGGCCUUCACCUUCUUUGAACUGCGAGUUAUUUCUCCGGCCAGGUAGCUGCAGACUUCCGCUAGUUUGGCAAGUAUUGAUGUUAAAGCAACUAAAGCUACCAUUGUGGGCUCAAGCGUAGUUAGUCUAGCUGAAGUUCUGAUUACAUUUGGAGGAUUUUGCCUGGGGCAGAUCUGUAGCUUACUCAGUGUGGGUAAAAGGGAGGGGGCCGAUUCCAACACCUUUAGUCUCUCUGAUAUAUGCAGUGUAUCCCCGACCCCUGCCAGGGAUGGUUAACAAGCCACUCACCACUAAUGUUGUGGUGACUGGCUACCUGCACCAGAGAACAAACUGAAGAAAUCCUGUUUUCUCUAUCUUGACGGGCACCACAUGUUCAGUUGACUCCAGAGACCAGCAGUUACCUAUCCUGGUUAAAUUAGACAAGUUGUUUGAAGAAUUCUGGACCAAGCUCAGACACCACCUGCAGGAUUCCGUAGAUGUGCCACUGAUAACCAUCCUAACUCCGUAUCCACAGCCGUGUGUUUAUCACACCCAAGGUGGGUACACCGGCAAGAGGAUGUCUGUUCAAAUCUGGAGGCUCUGGAAAUCGCAGUACCUUCCACAAACACAAGUCUGGUACCAGCAUUGCUACCAUAGCAGGCCUUGGCCUAAGACCUAUGUGGCGACAUGAAACACCUUGAUGUUGCAGCAGUCCACGAGGCUCUUUACUGGGACUCCCUCACCCCUUGAGCUUCUGGCUACUUACCAUUCGGUGAGACUCUGCUCUGCCCUUGGAGGGCAUAGGUUGACCUGGGAGCCAUGAUGGGGGCCUGUUGAACCAGUAUCCUGCCAUUAAACUCUUCUUCUAAUUGGACACGUAACCUAGCUAAGCUUAUGUUUUGUGCUAAUAUUUUAUUUUUGUUAUAAAAAAAAAAAAAAAAACUCACACUGCGAAUACUUUUUAUAUAUCUGUAUUUUGUUUGAGAAUUGGUCACUGCUCAUGUGAUUUUUGGUUGUAAAUGCAUAUGCCUUGCACUGUGAUGUAAAAACAUUAAAAAAUAACCAAUGGUUUGCUUUUUUGGAAUGUAAGAUAUAGAAAUAGCACUUUACCUUUUGAAUUACUUACUGUACCAAUUUUUACUCCUUGUCACUCCUUGUUUUAUAUAGCGAAAAAUACAGCAAAUUGUGCUUUGACGUCCCUACUUUAUUACAUAAUGUAUUACAUAAUAGAAUCUGUCGCUUUACAGAACAGAAAACGAUGGAACAAAUGUUAACAAUAUACCAUCUCAAAUUGGGCAUGUGGCACCCAUGGAGGAGCACAUUACACCAACCGAAACUGAACAUGAGACAGUCUGGGAAGAGCAUCAGAGUGACCUUGCGAACAAAGAACAGACUGAAAAUGAAAGUGACCUGGCAAAGAUGAAAGAGGAGGAACAUCGUCGCAGAGAGGCAGUGAGUAUUAUUGAGACAAUGACCUAAAACACCUUGACAUUUCCAAGAGCAUAGAGAACUGACUGUGCUACUGUUCAUCCGUCCAUCGUAGAUACUGCAAAGAGAUUGGAUUAAUGGGUUAAAUCAGGGCUGGCCUUGCUGUAACACUCAUAAUGGCAAACCUUAACUUCUUUCCUUUAGUAAAAGCUAUCCAUUUUUACUGCAGUUAAAAGUGGUUCUUUGACAACACACACCCACUCUAUAUACUUUUCAUUGGAGGGGAGUGGUUGGCUAGGAGACUAUCCUUGUUGUGGAUAUCUUGUUUGUUUUUCAAAUAUUUUUGCUGAAUUUUUUUAAAUAUCAAUUCUUAAAUUGAUAAUAUAAGGUACAAUAAAAAGAGUAAUAAUCAGGGCCAGCGCUUCCUAUAACCGCCCACCCCUUAUGCUGCAGCCGCCUGAGCACUUUAUAGAGAGCCUCAGGCGGCUGCAGCACUGCUCUGGCUGGUGCGUCCAUGAGGGCGCACCGGCCAGGGGGCACAAGUUAUGAGGGAUCAGCAGAAGGGAAGAGCAGAGCGCUCCCUCCUGACAGUCCCUCAGUGUAGUGUGGCCCAGCUCUGGUCCGGUCCGAAGUACAGGAGCAUCUGUUUCCUGUACCCGGCUGGACUGACAGGAAGUGAGCACCUACUGUCAGUCCGGCCAGGUACAGGAAACAGAAACUCCUGUACCGCGGAUCUGACCGGAGCUUGGCCACGUUACACAGGGUGUGGAGGGGGGGCUUAGGAAAGACCACCAUUGAGGGGGGAGGAGAGACCCUAUGGAGGGAGGGUGAGGAGAGACCACUAAGGGAGAGGGGGUGGUGAUAGACCCGAGGGGGCGGGUGGAGGAGAGACCACUAAGAGGGGGCGGUGGAGGAGAGGCCACUAAGAGGGGGUGGGGUGAGGAGAGACCACUAAGAGGAGGAGAGUGGGGCAGGUGGAGGAGAGACAACUAGGGGGAGAGGAGAGACCACUAGGGAAGGAGGGUUGGGGAGAGGAAAGACCACCAUUGGAAAGGGGGAGGGAGAGACCACUAAUGGAAAGGAGUGGGGAGGAGAGACAAACCAAAGGAAAGGGGGGCGCAGAGGUGAGCAGAGACCACUAAGGGGGAGGGGGGAGAGGAGAGAUCACUAAUGGAAAGGGGGGGAGAGUAGAGACUACUAAUGGAAAGGGGGGAGGAGAGACCACUAGAAUUAAAAGAAUUCUAUAUAAGGGGUAAAUAUAUGUAAGGAUUUCUUGUGUUUUCUCCUAUUUUAUGGACUGUUUUGCAGUCUCUUAUCUGUGUUUCUCAUGUCAUUUAUUUCUGUAUUUUUGUACACAGCACUGUGAAUCCUUUUUGUCAGAUUAAAUGUUUACUUAAUCAGCUUGUGUCUUUGUUCUCUAUGAGCUCACUCUUCUGAGGAAAGCUCAGGUAAACACGUUACCAAAAGAGUUAAUUAUAUAUGUCUGAUCAGUAAAGUAAGGUUGUGAUACUAUAAUUCUAGUGUGUGUGGGGUAACCUAAGACGCCCGGAUAUAAAGUUGUGGUGGUGGCAGUAAAUUGUGUACUAGGGUGUUAGUGUAGAAGGGAUUGCAAGGGUUAAUUUAGUGCUUGCUGGGACUAGCAACUGGUAACUAGAGGUCUGGUGUCAUUAACCCGUUCACUUCCACACUCUCCCAACUGUCUCGGCUGGGCCAAUAGCCCACGUUCGUGACAAUUAUUAAAGGAACACUCUGAACAUCAUACCAACUGAAAUGAAGUUAUGUUGUCCGAAAACCACUGGGCGCUUCCUCAUCUGAAGGUUUUAACUGCAAAGGUUACCUCCAACAGCAGAUCUCCGAAUUCCUGACAGUCCCUCAGUGUCCCUCAGUGUAGUGAUACUAAGAUAUGAUGAUACUAAGAUAUGUAACAGGGUUGAUGUUUAAGGAAGGAUAAGCCAAAUGACAAAUGAUUUAGGUAAACUAGAAAAAUGGUCAGAAUUGUGGCAACUGACAUUUAAUGUGGAUAAGUGCAAGAUAAUGCAUCUUGGACGUAAAACCCAAGGGCAGAGUACAGAAUAUUUGAUAGAGUCCUAACCUCAACAUAUGAGGAAAGGGAUUUAGGGGUGAUUAUUUCUGAUUACUUAAAGGUAGGCAGACAAUGUAAUAGAGCAGCAGGAAAUGCUAGCAGAAUGCUUGGUUGUAUAGGGAGAGGUAUUAGCAGUAGAAAGAGGGAAGUGCUCAUGCCAUUGUACAGAACACUGGUGAGACCUCACUUGGUGUAUUGUACACAGUACUGGAGACCGUAUCUUCAGAAGGAUAUUGAUACCUUAGAGAGAGUUCAGAGAAGGGCUACUAAACUGGUUCAUGGAUUGGGGGAUAAAACUUACCAGGAAAGGUUAAAGGAUCUUAACAUGUAUAGUUUGGAGGAAAGACGAGACAGGGGGGAUAUGAUAGAAACAUUUAAAUAUAUAAAGGGAAUCAACACAGUAAAGGAGGAGACUAUAUUUAAAAGAAGAAAAACUACCACAACAAGAGGACAUAGUCUUAAAUUAGAGGGACAAAGGUUUAAAAAUAAUAUCAGGAAGUAUUACUUUACUGAGAGGGUAGUGGAUGCAUGGAAUAGCCUUCCAACUGAAGUGGUAGAGGUUAACACAGUAAAGGAGUUUAAGCAUGCGUGGAAUAGGCAUAAGGCUAUCCUAACUAUAAGAUAAGACUAAGGACUAAUGAAAGUAUUUAGAAAAUUGGGCAGACUAGAUGGGCUGAAUGGUUCUUAUCUGCCGUCACAUUCUAUGUUUCUAUGUUUCCUGGCUUCUGAAAUUGACUUUCAGGAAGCGCGGAGUGCCAGUGUGCAGGGGCUCCUAUGCUCGUCUAGAGCAGUCAGCUGAUGCUCUAAAACAAUCAGUAGCCCCCUUAUGAUUAUAAUUUCUCCUUGCCAGUUGCCUUCAUUUAUAGUUAUUAUUAAUUUUAUCACAAUAUCUGGGUGCAGAUGUUUUGUUCACCUUGAUGUCUGCAGUUUACCCUUCUGUGGGAUUCAUUUUACUAAUGGAUUGUUAGUAGAUUGAAUUGGUAACUGAAACAUAACUUUGCUUAAGCUCUGCCCGUUGCAACAUUUUGCCAACUUUACGGCUAUGAUUAGGUGAAAGUAAUUCCUAAAUUUCUGUAUGUAUGUAUUUUUUUUUUUUUUUUUUUUAAAUAGAGCACUCAGGGAAAAAAAAAAAGGUUCAGACACAGGAAGCCAUAUUGAAGCACUUUAGCUAUAGUUUAUUUUUGAUGACAGAGUUGCUUUUAUUAUAUACACACUGUAAAAUUGUUCCUUUUUCUUUAUCAGAUGAUCGGUGAAUUUGAUCUAUAUCUUCAGCAUGAUGUUAUGGCAGCUUUUGAAGAUUAUCUGUUUGGAACAUGUGAUGCUCAUUAA